AUGGAUGUGCCAUGAGAGUUUAUCACAGGAGAACGAACAUUUUUAUAAUUUGAGGUUACAAAUGGUCUUAUCAAUAAAAUUGUAAACUCGUUUAAGAAAUAAUCAAUAACGCUUUAACUAUAAUUAAAUAAUCUUAAUUAAUAUUUUACAAAAGAAAAAUAAUUUGACAAUUAUUGAUAAUUGAAUUAGUUUAAGAAUAUUCUCACAACGAUGGAACAGCAAAUGGUCUUAGUGUUUUUUAUUUCUCUGAAAUUAUAGCAAUUUGUACCCAAACGUAUUCCAGAAACCGAUUGGUUAAGUGUAGCAUUUAAUAAACCCAAAGCAUGACACCAUUUUACUUUACUCUUACACUCUUUACUUCAUUUUUCGUUAAUCUAAAUCAAAUAUUUAUAUUUUAUGUGUAUUUUCAAGUAGGUUAGUAAUCAUGGUAGGUAAUACUUACAAAUGAAAUGAUACCUACAUUCAAUUUGGAAGUUACACGUCAAACAAUACAUGCACGACCCAUCGCACGGAAAUAGCAAAUUGUGUUUGAUGAUAUUAAAAUAUUAAUGUUAUACAACGCACCCCCUUAUUAUUUUUAUAUGAAAGUGGCCUAUCCAUUCUUAUAUUAUCAAUGGUAAUGCCUAUGUAAACCUGUGUUAUCAUUACAAUCAAAAAGCGAUAUUGACGUUUAUACGUUUAACAAUAAUACCGGCGUAAAAUGCGUAAAAUUUCGAAAACAUUGUGAAAUAAGAUCGUUUUAUUAUUAAACAAAUUAAACGAUUCUAUGUUGUGCACUUGUAUGACGGCUGAACGAAUAGAAAAUCAAUUUUACUCGAAAUCUUCGCGGAUAAGCGCUGGAUGGGGGAUUAAAACGAAUGUAUAGGAAGAAAAAAUUCGAAAAACAAUCAUUUUAUGGCCAAUUAAAAACUGUUAUUCGACAACAAUGACAACGAACGGUUUCAACGUCAUAAUAUUUUACGAUUAUCCGUUUUUAUUGUACACCAUUAUAAUGUUGUGUUAAUCGAUUAUGUAUUUUAUGCGUAUGCGCGUGUUACAUCUGCAGGGUUAUCUGCACCGUGGUAUACGUUAGGUAACCGCGGUGUACACGUUUAUCAUUUAAAGGGGCACCGGGAGAAAGAUACAGUAGAAAGUAUAGUAACACGAUUUUUAGCUAUAUUUUAACAUUAAUAAAGUUUUCUUUUUUUUUCUCUCUCUCCAAACAAUUAUUAUAGAACAAUGCGUGCAGAUUAUAACAGUGAAUAAUAUGCCGUGUGUGUUUAAGAGUGCGGGGUAUUUAAAUUCCAAUGUUCGCGAGAAUGACGGAUGAAGUGAAAGCAAAAUGAUUUGUCACUAUUAAUUUUAUUUUUUUUUUUUUUGUCGAAUGUGAACACUCGAAUUUAUAAUAAUGUAUAUUACGUCUAUAUUUGCCCGAUGAUCGUAUAAAAAAUAUAAUACACAUGUUGCAGUGUAUUCGUAUAAUAGGUACCUAUAAUAUUAUGUAUUGUGCGCUCGUAUAACAUAGAUAUUUUGUCAAAGAAACUAUAACAUCAGAGAAAUACGAGCAGAACGUGUUUUUGUCCGAAAGAAUGAAAACGCAUUUGUAAAAAAAAUAAUUUCUUCCGGAUGGUCACACUGGCCGCGGAUUUAAUCUCGUGUAAAUUAUUACAAAGUACGAUUGGGUAAAUCACUCGGAAUAAACGCGUAUUACCACACGGUCGGUAUCUACCGAUAGUGGCUGGAGGCUGUAGAGUAAAAAUACAAUUUUUUAUGUAAAGGAUUCGAAACGGAACGGGAAUUCCCUUAUCUUUCAUAACACAAUAUGAUACGCGCAACAUGGCGAUUUAGAUCAAUUUUUCGCCCGUCAUUUGUGUUGUGUACAAUAUGAAAUCGGCCGAGCAAUUUUUUUUUUUCCGGUUUCGAUAUAAUUUUAUGAAUUUCAAAAUCAAAUGCUUGGAACCGAAAUUCGACGGGUAACAAAUCGGCCGAAAUUGGCUUUGUUACGUAUGCGUCGGACAAAGAAAUACACGGGAAACCACGUUAUUCGUUUUCGAAGAUUUAAAAAAAAAAAAAAAAUGUUUAAUAUUUCCAUAUGAUAUUAAUUCAAUAAAGGGACACGUAAAACGCGUAUUAAAAUCGAUUUUAAUAAUUUAAAUUUAAACUUAACGAGCUAGGCACAUUAUUAAUAAUUAUUUUUAAAUUGUAAUUGAUUUACAUACGUAAUAUUUUUAUACCGGAAAACCACCGGUGGAAAAUAACUAUACGGAUAUCAUUCGGUUCAUAAUACUAUUAUUAUGAUCCGAUAACACGCAUACAAACACUGCUGUUUCGAUUAAUAAAAUGUUGAAGUUUCAUUAUUAUACAAGUCCAACAUAGUACGCUUAAUAUUAUAAUAUCGUUUCGAUUUCCAAUACGGUUUCUAUAGUAAACUCACAGAAACCCUAGACAGAAAAAAAUCAUCCCAACGACGGUAAUAAGAAAAAAAAAAAAACAAACUAUCACUUUAUAAUAUUAUUACAUAAUUAUUAUGUCUCGUGAUGUCGGUGUAUAAAUAUCAAUCAUGGUAAAUAAACUGAUGCUAUGUUACGCGAUAUUGUUAUAGAAAGUACCUGCUAUAUAAUUUACAAAAAAAAAAAAAACAAAAUCGUUAUACAUUAUUAUACAAUUACCAAUGUUACCAUGGAGUAUAAUAUUAUAACCAAUGCACUUACUUUUUUACUAUUAAUAUACAUCUAUUAUAUAGACCAGAGCAUUGGUUUUGGAUUAGAUGAGCAGUGACGUACUCAGGGUGGGAGAAGAUUAGUGAUGUUAUGCCACCCCAUCUCCGAUUGAUUUAAAAAUACCUUGGAAACCUAUCGGUUUAGUUCAAUUUCAGCCAAGUUACGAGAAAAACAGUCUGAUUCAUUGAAUACAAAUUAGAUUUUUUAGAUAAGCAAUGGUAAUAAUUAUUGACCACGUCCCCUCUCAUUGGAAAAUGUUGGGCAUGCCACCGAUUCUGAGUGUAGCGCUAGGUAUAUAAAUUAAAUUUCAUUCCCUUAUAUCACAUAUACUUUUCAACCAUCCCUCCUAUAUUUUUCAAUAAUUUAGCCUAUCCACGAUAGACUUUUUUAUUUUUAAUACAAUUUCGAGAUUUGUUUAAGUAUAAUAAUAAAUUAUUAUAAUUUACAACGUACUACGCUGAACAACCCAACUCGAGUAUAAACGCAGUCCAGGGUUCAGAUCCCUGUUCAGAUGUAGUUUUCUUUUUAAAUAAAUAGUAUGUAGAAUAUAGUUAUAUAAUUGAACAAAAGUCAAUUUUAUAACACAAUUAUAAUUAACGUUAGAACCUUUGAUGUUUGUCGUACGUAUACGAUAUAUAGGUAUAACUAUAAUAUAAUAUAACAUAAUAUCUAAUAUUUGCAAAUUGCAAUUAAAUGAUUCAAGUAGGUAUAGGUACGUAUAUUGUAUAACGGACGUUUUUUAGUAAGCAAAACAAAGAGCUCUUAGGUAUGUUCAAUAAAACGUUAGCAGUAUAAAAAUGCCGAUCCUGGCUCUGGUGCUGGUACUGGUGCUAAUGCUGGUGCAAGUGCCAUAUCCCCGCCACUAACCGCAGCUGUUCGGUACUCCAACCCCGCCACUCACCGUAGCCCGUACCGCUCGCCGCUCCGUACUCUGCCCCACAGCCCAACCCGCGCACGCACGCAUACACACGCACACACACAGCUCUACAUAUCAACCGGACUGAUAUUAUUACCAUCGAUGUUAUCAACUCUUAUCAAUAUAUGUUACCAUUAUUUCACGAUGUUUUCACGCUCAUUAUCACAGACGAUACUGCACUGGUUUUUAUUGAUGGAUAUUAUCAAUUAUACAUACCACUGUCUAUAUUUUUACCACAGAUAUUAUCAAUAUACGUUACACUGGUGAUUUAAUAUUACACAUUUAAUGAACCCCCCCCCACUUUAGUGUGUGUAGGACAAUAGAGGGGGUUGAUCUUUAAUUGUCUGUCCGACGGAUUUAAUCAAACUGUUAGAUCAGUCUCGACUGCAUGUUUGUCGAUAUAUAUUACUAUGUUCAUAUAACCAUGGUCAUUAUCAGUUACGAAAAAAAAUACUACUAUUACCAUAGUUAUGUUUAUAACAGGACAGCGGUAAUCGUCAUCGCAUAACCCUCGUCCCCCACCGACAUCGCAACCAUAGCCCGCGACGUGCCUCUCUCCACACACACACGCCUUCUUGUAUGAAUACUACUACAUAUUAUAUCUAUACACACGCGCUCACAAAGGAUUUAUGGAUAUAUUUGAUGAGUUAAUACAAAUAAAAAUUAAUAUCAGUAGGUAUUAAAAUAAAUAUAUAUUAUUUAUUGAAAAAUAACACCGCAAAGACAUUCUUAUCCAAAUCUUCUAUCCCAUCGCAAUGUAUGAUAAUUUCAAAAGAAGUGUUUUCCCCACGCUCCAUGAAUGGGUUGAAAGAAUCAGCUGGCUGCCCCCUUUCGCUAACAGCAUUAGACUUCACUCUGUUGAGUUUGAAUAAAAAUCGAUAUUAAUUGUAUAUACUUGUAUAUUCGUUUAAAUUAUCUAUAUGCUAAUAAUAAUACACGUGUGUACAUUACUUUUAGUAGACGGUUCGGCUUGAAUAUUAUCUACAUUUAUUCCUGGUGCAAUCUCUAUUUGGUCAUUACCAUAACUAUCGACUGCGAAAAAAAAAAUCAUAAUAAUGUAUUCACAAAUAUUAAUCGUAUUAUAUAAAUACUUUUGGUAGAGGACGGUGUUGGGAUAACACCUCUAUUAAUGUCUGGUUCAAUUUGAGAGUUUUUGCUAAUGUCAACUAAAAAUAUAAUUGAUUUGUUUUUAUUCCUUUCAUAGUCCUUUAAAAAAUUAAAUACAUACCUUGGAUGUCCUUAUUAGUGCAUGACACAGUUCUACCUUGGCGGUGUACUUCUUUAAUAUGAUAAGCGACAGUGUCUUUUCGCAUGAACAAUUUAUUGCACAAAUUGCAGGCAAACUUCACACCCUCGUGGAUCUUUACGUGGCGCAUCAUGCUGCGCCGAGCGGAAAAAGUUCUUCUGCAUCCGGCAAAAUUACACUUAUGCAUUUUUAUAAAUCACGUAAAAAGAAAAAAAAUUAUAACGAACCGUAACUCAGAUAUAAUGUGUUUAAGACCGUAGGUAAUAUACACGCGCAGAUACUUGUUACAGACAUGAAGAAACAAUACUACUGACGUGCUGGUGUAUUUGAAAUCGAUAUGCCCACAAAGAACAACAAAUUUGUCAUAGUCAUCAUAAAAAGUGUAUAAUCGAAAAACAUAAUUUCGAGAAUUGAAAAAAAAAAAAAACUAUAAAUAAUUUGAAAUAAAUACCAUGUUUGCUUACUUAAAUACCGAGUAAGAUCUGGGGGAUAGUAAGAUUUUAUAAACAAAAAUUUAAUACGAAUAAAUUAUAUAGUUGGAACAUUCUGUCAAUAGCUCACAGUCUAGUGAAGUAGAAGAAAAUAAACAAACAUACAUUAUCGUAUGUAUAAAUAUAAGUGUAUACAAUUAAUAUCGAUUUUUAUUCAAACUCAACAGAGUGAAGAAUCUAAUGCUGUUAGCGAAAGGGGGCAGCCAGCUGAUUCUUUCAACCCAUUCAUGGAGCGUGGGGAAAACACUUCUUUUGAAAUUAUCAUACAUUGCGAUGGGAUAGAAGAUUUGGAUAAGAAUGUCUUUGCGGUGUUAUUUUUCAAUAAAUAAUAUAUAUUUAUUUUAAUACCUACUGAUAUUAAUUUUUAUUUGUAUUAACUCAUCAAAUAUAUCCAUAAAUCCUUUGUGAGCGCGUGUGUAUAGAUAUAAUAUGUAGUAGUAUUCAUACAAGAAGGCGUGUGUGUGUGGAGAGAGGCACGUCGCGGGCUAUGGUUGCGAUGUCGGUGGGGGACGAGGGUUAUGCGAUGACGAUUACCGCUGUCCUGUUAUAAACAUAACUAUGGUAAUAGUAGUAUUUUUUUUCGUAACUGAUAAUGACCAUGGUUAUAUGAACAUAGUAAUAUAUAUCGACAAACAUGCAGUCGAGACUGAUCUAACAGUUUGAUUAAAUCCGUCGGACAGACAAUUAAAGAUCAACCCCCUCUAUUGUCCUACACACACUAAAGUGGGGGGGGGUUCAUUAAAUGUGUAAUAUUAAAUCACCAGUGUAACGUAUAUUGAUAAUAUCUGUGGUAAAAAUAUAGACAGUGGUAUGUAUAAUUGAUAAUAUCCAUCAAUAAAAACCAGUGCAGUAUCGUCUGUGAUAAUGAGCGUGAAAACAUCGUGAAAUAAUGGUAACAUAUAUUGAUAAGAGUUGAUAACAUCGAUGGUAAUAAUAUCAGUCCGGUUGAUAUGUAGAGCUGUGUGUGUGCGUGUGUAUGCGUGCGUGCGCGGGUUGGGCUGUGGGGCAGAGUACGGAGCGGCGAGCGGUACGGGCUACGGUGAGUGGCGGGGUUGGAGUACCGAACAGCUGCGGUUAGUGGCGGGGAUAUGGCACUAGCACCAGAACCAGGAUCGGCAUUUUUAUACUACUUAAAUCGACUAUAAUAUUAUCAUAAUUAGUCGUAUAGUAUAUAGUAACGAUUAAAAUGGUUAAAAAUAAUAAUAAUGAUCGUAAAACAGAUGAAAUAUUUUAUCCCUACUAACAUAACAACUUACAUUAUUAUUAUUACAAAUUAAUUAAUAUGGUAAUGGCAAAAUUAAAAAAAAAAAAAUGUUGAUAUUACUGAUGGGUGUACUACGGUUUAAAGAAGAAAGCUGAAACGGAAGAUAAUAUGUAGACUGUAAAGUAAUUCAAUUUAUAUCUGUACGCAAUGAUAAACCAUUGUUAACGAACAAUGAUUUUUAGCGGAGUAUUAUUAGUCGUAUUAUUUUUCCUUAUUGUCAAAGGAACACGGAAAUAAACAAAAAUUUUAUCAGAUCGAAUUGCCGGUUUUUUCAUUUAUUAAGAAUAUUUCAAAUGAAAUUUAAAAACGACAUUCUUAAUAGAUCAAAAACGCUACAAGAAAGUCCCAAUAAAGUUUUUGAUAGUGGCGAGAUUUCUCGUAGAAAAGUUGUUUACAACCAAAAAAAAACUCACGUUAUUGUGAAACCAAUACAUUCCUUACUUCACUCAAAAUCUAAAGAACACGUAUCGUAGUAAAUCAAAAAAUUGUUUACGCUUACGGGUCACGAUUUAUGAUAUGGACAGCGAUUCUUAGUUAUCAGUGAUACGCGAAGAACUCAUAGGUCACUGGUAUAAGCAUAUUCGGUGAUAAACAGUUAUCUGAAAAUGAUACGAACCGUUUUCGACCCGGUCGCAUCGUAUUAAUUUACUGCACAUGAAAUAAAAGCCGUCGUGGUUUCACACAACAAAUUGGAUUUUAUUUUCGAUUAUAAGUCCGAGCUCGGGAAGCGAUCGAAGUGGUUAGACGAAGCAAUAUUAUAAUAAUUCAAUAUAUUGUAGUAUUUAAUAUUCGACUAUAUUAUGAUUUUAUGCAUGCAAAAAGGGUCCUUAGAGGAUUUUCGGGUUAAACGACGGAUUUUGAGUUUUGGGAGGUAUUUACAUCGUUUUGUGCAAAAACUGCGUACCUUACGAGUCACAACUCAUAAGGUACGCAAUUCUUGAUGAUCUUAUAGGUUAUGUUGGUACUCAUUGGGUUAGUAAACGGCUUUGUUGCUUUUUAUAUUAUACAUUCUACUUUUCAACGAUAUGAUCAAAACAAAUUAUUUUAAUUAAAAAAUAACAGUAAAAAAUGUAAAAGUACCUACGUAUAAAUAUAUAGAUAUAUUUUUGUAAAAGUAAUUUAGUAUAAAUUCUUUUGAAAUCACACUGUCCAUGUAAAUUUACAAUAAAUAUAGUUUUUGUAAUGAUUCAAAAACUAUUUAAUACAUUAUUAUUAUUAAUACCUAGAGAAGGAAGCAUAUCCUAUAUACUUAUAGGAUAUAGGCACAAUAUUAAAUAGAAUUAAUACUAUUCAGAAAUCGAUUGGAGCAAUUCUAUAUAUUUCUAUAAGUGAUUCUAUAGCAUUAUAGGGUGAUCAAUCUAUCAUAAGACACUCAUUAUCUCGGAAAGUAUUAACAUUUUUGGAAUUUAUUUUAUAGAACAUUUAAGAAACAAGCAGUUUAGCAAUUUUAUAUUUAUAAUAUUUUUAUCAGCCUUAUUUUUGGUGGUAAAACCACUACUUACUUUAAAUUUUCAAAUGAUAAGGUAUUAUUUAAAAUAAAUUUUAGUGUUAAAAUUUAUUUCAAAAUUAAAAAUAAGUAGUUGUUUUACCAUAAAAAAUUAGGAUAACGAAAAAUAACGUAAAUGUAAAAUCUUUAGUGUUGCUUGUUUCUCAAAUGUUCUAUAAAAUAAAUUCCAAAAAAAGUUAAUACUUUCUUAUAAUAGAUUGAUUACCUCGUAUACUUUUUUUCUACAGAUUUUUGGCGUGAUGAUUCGUUAUGAAAAACUACAAUAUUUUGUCUUCACCUAUAAUGCAAUAUUGUUUAAAAAUCGAUAAUGAAUUGUUAUUAAUUUCAAAGAUAGCAUUUCGGGUAAUCACGUUAAAAACGUUUUUUCUUUUUUGUUUUGACACGGUACCGAUAACCGAUAAAUUUUAGACGAUGCACGUUUUUUGCACGAUGUGAUAACUUAUAAGCCAUAUUGGCUGAUGACAUUCCGCACGAUAUCUGCACAUUUAGAUACCGACGAGCAUAAUAUUAUUAUUUUCUAUUUGAAAAUACGCGACCGAUUUCUUUUCUUUAAAAUAUAUUUUGAUUGAAUUUGCCACGCGUUUUCGAGCUCCUAAUUGCGAAUAUAUAAGUAGAUACGGUUAGAUAUCACAUUGAAAUAAAAUAAGUAUAUAAGUGGCUAGUGUUGGUAUUUACUAGAGGUGAUGUUCCGGGUGUAUUAUUUUAAAAACAAACCUGUAAUCGAGUAUUAGCCGAGUAAUAAUUUAUAAAAAUACCUAUAGAUGUCGAGUAUUAGCUGAAUAUUAAUAUCCGUUGAAACCAAGUUUUGGGUACAACCGGGCAAUAAUGUAAAUGGGUACCGGAUAAUAAUAUCUAUCGUAAUCAGGCUUCGGAUAUUAUACAAAAAUAAUGAAAAUAGUUGAGUAUCUACUACCCGGCCACAAGCCAUUAGUUACUAAUAAUAAUCGCUCAAUAAAAAAUUGAAUAUAAAUAUUAAAAAGCAAACAAUUUAUACAAUAUGUUAAAAUGUAAUUAAUUUCCGGUUUCUACCAUGGCGUGGCAUAAAGUAUAAAAUCUUUUUUUCAUUUAGUCAAUUACGGGCGUACAUUUUUUUCUCGCUGUAUUGACACGCGGAAAGUGAGCUUUAGACAGUGAGUCGGGUACCGAAAAAAAAAAAAUGUAUUAUUACGCCGGGUAACGAGUAUACUCGUCGGGUAUAAUAUCGGGUUCCCGGUUAGGACUCGGUGGCCGUGUACCCGGAACAUCUCGGAACAUCAACUCUUUAUCAACUAUUUACAUAAAUUCACAUUUCGCGCGAUGCGGUUUUAGUGAUUUACGCGAUAAUAUUUAAUAAUAUUAAAAAACGAAAGUAUUCAUUGAUUUAUUGAGAAAUCGGAUUAUUUAAAUGUUUUUACUGGGAAACUCAAAAAAUGACCUCUUUAAAGUACCUUCCCAGUCAGAUUUCCUUUUAGAAAAAAUGCUAUCAUUGAAAAUCGGCGCAAAGUUGCUGGUAGGAAAGUUGUCCACAGAAAAAAAAAAAAACAUCAUUGUCAAACCAAAAAUAAACUCGCAUAAUUUUUAACGUGUUGUAAGAAGAAAAAAAUGUUAUAUUUGUAGCGUAGGAGAGAGAGGCUUAAAACGGUUUUAAAAUCGGUACUUUCGCAGUAUAAAUGUUACGCUAAGCGAUUUUUCGAUAAUAAUUUUAUUUGAAAUUUCAACGCGUAUUGUUUCGGUCGAUAAAUUGGGGGGGGGGGCGAGGGCGUGGGGUUAAAAGCCUCUCACGUUUUACUAAUAACGUCGCAUACUAUCGUAUCAUUGAAUUUUAACGAGCCCUCAAAAAUUGUAUAUUUAGACGAGCUUAAAGCCGAUCCGUCUCUCCCAACCCCCCCCCCCCGCAGUAAGUUAUCAAUCAUUUUCAUAACGAUACGCUCGUAAAACCGUUCGUCUGGUCGCGUGCAAAACGCACGACGCCUCGUCGCUGAGCGGUCGACCGCGGGUACUCGCGCGCACGCGGAGAUUAUUGCGAGACGCGUUCUCCUUGAUUGUAUCGCCGGCACGAUAACACACGAACGGGAAAUACGAUAUUUUUAUGGUACGGAUACGUUUACAAAACGUACGCACAACGUCCGUAUAGCGUACCGCGGUGUUAAGGCCAACUCGUUUAAUAUCGCAGAACAACCGGCGUUCGACUUGGAAGAACGCAUCGUACACGCGGAAGCGUUUGUCAGAGCCGUACAAGUCGUUGAAUAACGGCCGCCGCGUUCGCGAUGCGCAGUCUGCCGACCACCGUGUUAUUGUAAUAACACCGCAGUAAUCGCAUCGGACGACAUUAUAAUAUUUUAUUGUAGUUUUUAUAAUAUUGCGCACGUGCGAAAUUAUAUUGAACAAUAAAAAUGUCGUUAUUGUUUAUUGUGAACACCUAUUCUGCAUAUUAUACGCGUUGUACAUAUUAUCGUAGAAAUUAUACAUUAGACGGGAUUCGUAUCGUUUUGAAAACGCUAGAGAAACGCUGUUAUUACGCUCUACAAUUUCAUCGUGAAAAUAUUAUUUAUUUUUUUCUUUUAAACAUGUUAUAACGUUUUAUUAGAAAUUCAUAAAAUAUACCGGAAAAAACCGGUAGACCACCAGACGUUUCCGCCAGACGUCUCGGUCCAAUCAAAAACUUUACAGGAACUUUCUUGUAGAAUUUUCGGGCUAAUUGGUGCGUUGAGAAGGUUAUUGUUUGAUUCCCUUUGUAGUUUCUUUAAUAAAAUGGGAAAUAUUGGCAAUAUUUUGUCUAAUUUUCGUUAAUUUCCGGGUUACCUUGACAACAAAGGAAAAAAUACGACUAGUAAUACUCAAACAAAAUCGUUGUUCAUAAGCAAUAAUUUAUCACUGCAUAUAAUUAAAUUAUUUGUCCUCCAUUCCAACUUCCCUCUUAGAAUGGUUGCACACCUCUUAAUUAUAAUUUUUUUCCAUAAAUCAAUAUAGAUUUGCAAAAUUUCAUAAAAUCUCAAAGUAUUGUUCUUCAGACAUUCAUGAUAACCGAAAUUUAAGAAUAUUCAUUAACUUUGAAAUGCGAUGAGUACAAUUUGUUUAUAUUAGUUCAACAUUGACAAAUGAAUCGUCUGAUUUACGCUGCACAUUCUCUCUAACUACAUGAAAUUACAUGAAAAUGUUGUCUCUAAUAAUAAAUAUCGAACGACAAAAUAAUGGUAAUUAUAUAAAUAUAUAUUAGGUAUACCGAUAUAUUAAUAUGUAUAACGAGAUUAGGUAUAUCUUGUAAUAACAGUAGGUAUUAGGUAUAACUUGUGAUAACGAGAUAAGUUGAGGUAUAACCGUGAUAAUAUAAGAUAUAUAUAACCUUGAUAAUGAUAAGAGUAGCCAUGGUAAUAAACCAUGAUAUCAUAAAGUAUAACGAUAAGUAUAAUUUGUGAUAACGGGGAUGUCAGAGAUAACAGUUGAUAUAUUCGGGCGGCCAUGUAUUAGGUAUAGCUCCCCUUGAUUUAUAACUCUCUAUUUCAUACUAAUUAUAUUCUUAUAGUCUUAAAAUGGAAUAUUUGGGAAAUUUAUUUUAAAAAUAAAAAAAUAUUUAGGUUAGAUUGUCAUAGGUAUAUUAAUGUGUAGUGUACCUAAAUAUUAUAAUGAUCAACAAUAUUUAAAGUAUUAUAAUUUUUAUUCCAUAAUUAUUAAUAUAUGUGAAAACAAUAAUGCAUUAACUGAAUAAUAUUAUUAAAAAGGUUUUCGGCUAUAUCUACUUGGUUAACUAUAGGUACUUAGUUUUGGUACCGUUAAUAAUUUAUAAUUUACAUUAAUAUACAGUUAACAAAACGUGUUAAAAACUAGUUUAUUUUAUUUUUUUGACAUUAAAAUAUUAUGAACUCAAAAAUGCUUAUCAUAUAACAAUAUACAAUACAAUAAUUUAUUGUUAUUUAUUUAAUAACAGCUAAUAAACAGUAUAAUUAAUAACUAAAUAGGUAUUUUUAAUGUUUAUCAAAAAAUUAACUUAAUUUUGUUGUGUUUCAACUUCAUGAGUUACGUUGAUUCUAUGGCAACUUUCAAUCAGAGAAAUGUUUUGAUUAAUUUAAUCUGCUCAGUUUUUAUUAUUUUUAUUGAUUUGCCCGUUUUUGCAUAUUGCAUAUGUAUGAAUCAAUGUUUAAUCAUUCAUAGGGUGUACAAAUAUGUAAAAUAUUAACAAUUUUAUAUAAUAACUGCCAAUAGGUAUUUAUAUCAAAAAGAUUACACUAUUAUUUUUCAUCCUAAUAAUAUACCUACCUCGUCGAAUGUUUUCCUCUCUGAUAUCGGUCGACAAACAUAAAUAAUUUGUAAAUAUUAAUGCGUAGUUAUUGUUUUGACUUAUAGAUAAUAUUAAUAGAUAUUCGUGGAAAUUUUACGAAACUAUAAAGCAUAUUUAAAUACAUUCAGUACCUGCAAUAUUAAAAUCCUAUUACGAGAUAAUAUUAUUAUGAAAAUACUUGUGUUAUACUUACGGUAACACGAGCGUUAUGGUUAAAACUUAAAUUUGUUUUGUUUGUCGAUGAAAGCCGAGAUCUCCUUUGAUAGUGUGACAUAUCUCAACCUUGGUUUUAUUGUAACUUCAAGUAUACAAUUUACCUAAAUAAUAUUACACGUUUGCCCGCGAUCGUUGUACUACAGAAAAAUGGCGUUAUACCUACACAAAAUAAUAACACACGAAAAGCGUCUCAUUUUCCCUACGAACGUUCUAACGAUAUUAUUUAACUGAAUCUAAAAUACCCUCUGAAAUAUAUCAUUAACUUGUAACAUAACUAACGAGUUAUUUAUCACCCCUAUACUAGCUUUGUAACGACUACAGUUAACACAACAUAUAAGAAACGUACUUUGUUACAAUAAAUUGUGGUUAGAAAAAAAAAAUUAAGCUACUUGGAAAAUUUAACAAGUGAUUUGAAUUUUGAUGGUUAAAAUUUUAGUGACACUCUUUAGUGUCCAUCAUGUAUAUUAGUACGUUGCAAAUUGUCUUUUUCCUUAUUUAUUUGGUUGAUUGCGAUAAUAUAUUAUAAUUAUAAUCAGUAUACGAUUUUAGUCAACACUAAAAUAUUCAUAAAUAAUCCUCGUAAAAAAUGUAUCCUUCUCACUUAGAAUAUGUUUUUCGGGCUGACUUUUGUUCGAAAAGAACGUCGUUUUGUAGUUGUUGUUGUUUAGUGUGACAGAUGACUUGAGAAUAUAAAUAGCCUUAUGUUGUUGGUAUUGUUGCGUUACGCCAACACAAGAAAAUUAAUUUAUAAUGUAAUGUUUUUAUUAAUGCCGGAUAAGUUAAAAUGAAUAUAUAUUAGAGAUAUAGUUUUAAGUUAUCAUUCGUGUGAUUUAUUUUAAUAUUUCCAAUGUCAGACACGAUUGACACUACAAAUUUGAAACUAAGUGAUUAAACUAAUCAAGUAGUAGUCAAGGGCAAAUAUGGAAUAUGCAUCAUGCAGAUACUGCAAUUUGUUCAAUAAAUAUUUAGUAGAAACCUAUCGGAACGUAUACUAACGUUAAUUGUGAUUCAAUAUUAAUUUUUUUUCUACAAAAAUUCGUUAAAUUGAGUGUUAUUUAUAUACAAUAUACAUAUUUCUGCAAAGGUACAUACAUAUACCUAUCGAUUAUUUAUCUGUAUAGAUAUAUAUUAAAUGAUAACUAUAGUGCUGUCUUUCCUGAAUAUACAAUUUUAAGGAAUUGAGAGCAUUGGAAAAACUGCAUAUUUUUUAAUCCUGCCUAUUAUAAAUGUAUUCGGUUAAGGUUUCAGGUAUCUACGAAUAUUUUUCACUAAAUUAAAAAAACAAAACCGUAAAUAACGAAAACCGUUAUUACGUAAUACUUCCGGAUUUUCCCUACCAUUAAGAAAACUACGAUGAAAAUCAAUAAACGACCUCAAUGCGCAAUGUAUACCAACUAUAGACACAAUUCGCUACCAAAAACCACAACUGAUGUCGAUGAUUAGAGCAAUACUUUUCGGCAAAAAAGUUGUUUACAAACCAAAAACAACAAAGAAAAAUGCGGCCAUACAGGCGCACCGCGCGUGGGCCUGCACUGUUGUAGGCGACAAGUUGGUCAGGGUGACGAGAAAUUGCACACGAUAAAAACGGACCCUCUUAAAAUCCGCAAACGUAAAGGUGUGAAAAAAAUAUGUUUUUUUUUUUCACGGGAUAAUUUCCUAUAAUACAGUCGGAGAACAGUGCGGCACUUCCGAGCGAGGAAAAAAAAAACGUAUAUACUCGUACAUAAUAAUAUGCUGCCUAUUAAAAUACAAUAAUGUUAUUUUCGGUAGUUUCACGCGCUGAUAAUUAUAACUAUAUACAUACGUAAUUAAUUUCGUUACGAUAUAGCGUAUCGGUCAUUUCGAUAUAUCAUUUUGUUUGGAAAAAAAAAAAAGAAAACCUACGAGAUCGUAAUUUAUUGCUUACGGCCGCCACCGGUAGCGCGUGUCCGCGCGUCCGCAACAACACGGCCGAAAUAAUAAUAUUAUAACUUAUAACGUUAUAGGAAUAAAAAAAAAAAUUUCCUAUAUAAUUUUUAAUAUUAUAAUAUUAUACAACGACAUUAAUGUGUAACUGACACACAUUCAUACAUUUAUGUAUUCAUGUACAGGGUGAUUCUUUUAUCACGAUCGACAUCAUGAUCCAUCGACCAAUUUCUCGGAGGAAUUUAUGUAAAUUCGAUAUCUAUUAUUAUUUCCCCCCCUCUCGAGUUUACGUAUAACAAUAGCACGGAUAUAUAUAUAUAUAUAUUUAUGCGCUAGAAGUAUUAAAAUACGCCAUAUAUAAAAUGCAGUAAAAUUAUGAAAAUACGUGAAAAAAAACUGUAAUUAAAAAUGUAAGUACCUAUACGAAAAAAAAAUUACAAAUAUUGUGUAACAAUGCAACAUGCCUUCAUGAAAAAUGCCUUUUUAUUAUUUUAAAUUAAUCAUUAAAUGGUAUUUUAUUAUUUCUUAGGAAAUCUGGUCUGGAAUAUAUUAAGCUGGUAUAUUUUUGCUUUGGCAAUGAUCGAUACAUUAUUUUUCAUAAUGACCCAUGAUAAUUUUCAUUUAAAAUACCUUCGAAAUAAAUAUGCAAACACGCAAUAUAAUACGGCGUAAAUUACUUCUAAUUACCUAGUACGAUUCGUAUGGAUUAUCAACGAAAAUAUAAAAAAGGAAAAAAUUGUUUAGUAGUAUCCUAUAUACAUAUAAGGCAAGAUAAUUAAUUGUUUACGAAAAUGGUAUAAUGGAUCAUAGUAAAAUAAUCACCCUGUAUUUCAUUCGUAUGUACGUAAUAGGCACGCGUGUAAUAAUUGCAUAUUAUAUGUAGGUACAACACUUUUUUUUUUUAUUAUUAACCAACGGAUUGUACAGUAGUUUUUAUUCGACGGAUUGUGAUUGUAUACAUAUAGUACUAUGUGUGUGUAAUAAUAUAUACACCUAUAUAUUAGUUAUAUUAUUAUAUAGGUAUUUUAUCUUUUUUUUUUCACGUUUUAUUACGUAAAACAAAUAUCGACUCGAUCUGACGGGAAAUCAUACCGACUCCGAUAGCGUUUAUUUAUUCGGGGGAAAAAAAAACUUUCGUCCAAAUAAAACCGCCCGAUUUUGGACUUGGCGGCGGCAGAACUAACUCCGACAAGGAACACGGAACAAGGAAAUAAUCGUCGGACCGUCACGUAUAACUGCAGGGCGUAUAAUGUAUAAAUAUAACUCCUUUCGCUCAAAAAUUGUUUCACUCCUAUACACAUAUGCUGUUUUUCGAAAUUCUUGGUAAACAUUUUGGGGCCGUAACUAUGCGUUUUGUGUAUAUCGACCGAAAAUUUAACGUGUUUGGGUACAGAAGAAUACAACGUUUACAUUGUAUUUCUUGAAAAAUAACGCGACAGUACGAAAACCUACGAGUAUAUCGAUUCAAACAUGAUAUACUGCUAGAACUUUACAAGGAGAAGUUAGUGUACUAUAUAUAGGUAAGUGUGAAUCUAAUCGAUGAAAAAUCGCGACGGGUUCAAACAAAGCGGAAGGAAAUGAAAAAUAGCGUCGGUAAUAGGUCGCAGGAAUCGUAUAGGAAUGGUCAAGAUAAUACCGUUGUUUCGGUUAAAAACGUGUUUUACAUAUUGUACAGGUGAAAAUAUCAAAAUGUACUAAAACGUAUUAUGAGCCAAUUUGAGAACUACUCGAACUACUUUACAUUUACAAUAAAUUCUAUUAUUAUUUAUUACUUUCCAUACAUGUUCUCUUAUCUUUUUUUAUUUACCUUCAUUCCAUCUAUUUGGAAUGGGACACCCUCGUCCUAAACUUCCACUGGACUCGAUCUCCCAUCUCGCAUACGCCGACUAUCUUUACAUUAUUUUCAAUCACAUCCAAACACUUUUUUUUACGGGUUUCCUCUUUUCUCCUACGUUUAUUUUCAUUACAAUUCUUACUGCUUCAGAUUCGUCUCUCUACGUGAUAUGCACAAACCAUCUCAGUCUAUUUUCUCUAAUAUUUUUUUAUACUCUCUAUAAAAUGUUUGAUAAAAAAAACGCAUGUGUUGUAAAUCAAAUUUAAAAAUAUGCCCAGUAAAAAUAAAAAACCAGACUAAAUGUAAAUAUUAUUUAAAAAUACAAUGUAUUCAAAAUUGUUUAGAAAGAAACUUGCUGGGUUCAGUGAAAUUCAUUUUUUGGGUGACGUAUUUAAAAUUAUCUAAAAAAUCAUAUAGGCACGCCGACGUGAUAAAAUUGUUUAGUCUGUAGUCGAGAAAUCGGAAUGUUAUUUUUUAUUUUAUAUUUAAUAAUAAAAGGAUUAUUAUUCUAAUAUUAUAAGAAACGCCCGCCGGUCGUAAUUUAAAGUACGCCCUUCUCCGGAGAGCGGGGAAAAAUACCAACGUCUGAACUCACGCCCUUGGAACAGGCAACUGACCGGGGCUGCGAAAUUUACGCGUAUAAUAAUAAUAAUUGUUCGUGUCGAAAAAAAUUAUAUACUUAUAAUAAUACAAUUAUUGCAACACUGUAAUCUUAUAAAUAAACUAUCAAUAACAUUCAAUUAUUUUUUAUAUAUAGUAUAUACGUACAAUUUACACGUACUUACAUAAUUUACGUUCACACCGUUUACGGAAAUGUAUAAGAAUACACGUAUAAUGUGUUACGUAGAUACAGGUGUGUAUUAGAUCGUAUAGCGAAGCAUAUAAUAGAAUAUAGCAGUUUUAAUAUGCGUUUUUUUUCUGUCUGUAUGUAAACAACUUUCCUACCAUAAAACACGUUCCGACCGUCGAAUUUACGGGUUAGAAAAUUUUAUCUAGUCAGUGCAUUGGUUUUUUUUUUUUGAUUUUCCUUGGAGUUUUUCGUAUACCUAAUUGGAUAAAACGGAGAAAUGUACUUAAUAACGGUUUCCAUCGGAAGCGUCCAUGGAGGUUUUGAUUCUGGUCGAAAACUGGGUAGCAGCUCUUUGUCUUGGUAUAACCAAACGUCAUUAAACGAGAUAAUCUACACGAUUUUGGUACAAGAUUUCAGAUUUCGGGCGCCAAAUCGUUUAAACAACACGAUUAAAGGCGGGUUUACAGGAGGCUUGAGCCACGGUCGUGGUUUCCGGAAGCCCAGUUCACGGUUUAUGUGACAAAAUAGACAAUUCGUACUUUACGAUGGAGGGAUUUAGAUAUUUCAACUAUAACGAAUCCAUUUUACUAAAUGAAAAUAGUAUAUACGUGUAGAAAACUUCAGAUGUAACGUUAGGAAGGACCAUUUUUUUAAAUUUUUUUUUUUUUUUUGCUUAUUUACUUUUUUCCUGUAUAAUUUAAUGAUCCCCCAUUCAUAAGAGAGUUAAAAAUAAUAGUAGUAGGACGUUUAGUUCGCCAGACCCCUUAAAUAAUACGACUAUCAUCACAAAGUUUGGCCAAGCAAGUGACGAGAUCGUGAGUAAAUUAGAUGCUAAGAGUAUUAGUGAGGAUAACCUGAACAUUUCAAAUAAAAUAAAACCAAAAUAAUGAUUUAUUAAUUAUUAUUAUAAUUAAUAAUAAUAAUAAUUAAAAUAAUUAAAUAAUAAUUUACUAAUUAUUAUUAUGAAAAAAAAAAACAGAUUUGAGAUUUUAAAAUAAAUAGGUAUAUAACUUUAUUUUUCUCAACAAAAUGUUAAACAGUUAUUAAUGAAAUAGAUAGUGGUUUGAAUGUUUGUGAAUGAAAAAAUAUGAAAAUGAUAAUUAAUAGCUGAUAACGGAUGCACUUUUACAGUAGUCCUCCAAUAAAUGCAGAUAAUCUGAUAAUAUUAUAUUAAUAUUAUUGAACAUUUUUAUACUCUUUGUACAUUAUCAUUUAAGACAUUACACUGAAAUUACAUUACGAUACAUUUUAUCGUCUCGAAUAGACUUAAAAAUUUAAAGACGAUUAAAAAGUCAGUACUAUUUAUGUGGAUAACAUUUUUUUUGGUAUCUCACAAAUACUUGCAAAUUGAAUACAAGGUUCGUCAUAAGUUUUUCUUAUGACACUUUAUAAAUGGCAAAAAUAUUAGAGUUUGAUCAAAAUGCACUGCAUUCAUUGCAUUUUGCGUAAAAUUUGACAUAAGUUCAUCAAAGGUGCUUAGUGAUAAAAAAAAUUGUUGGGUAAUGUAAUAACAUUUUUUUUAUAAACGUUUCAAUUUUAAAAUUGAAAGAAAAUAUUGUAAAUAUCGCGAAAUUUCAAAACAUAUUUAGUCGAUUUUCGCUCGAAAUCGUUCUUCGUUAGCAAUGAUUUAUCGUUGCGCAUAAAACAUAAAUUACACUUUAAGUACUCUAUAUAAAAUUCUACUUUCCCUAUUAUUCACCUACAAUAGUGGUACCCGUCAGCAGAAUUUUUAUCUUUUUUUUUUUUAAUGUAUUAAUUUUGCUAGUAUGUCUUUCACGAUAUCGACCCGACAUUGCGAUGAAACCGAGUUAUGAACUCGUGGCCAAUAUUAAAUUUGUUUGUCGCCCCAGUCAUUUCCAUGCAAAGUACAUAAUUUUAGAUUCUUUGCGGAACGAGAAAUGUAUUGAUUUUACAAUGAUGUUUAUUUAUUUUUUCACGUGAACACUUUAUCUACCAGCUUACUCCGAUUAUCAAGUAUAGCCUUUACCGAAAGGAGAUGUUCUCUGGGUAGUACUUUGAAAAAGGUCAUUUUUUGCAAUUCUCAUUAAUAAUCUAGACAAUGAGGAAAAUCUGGUUCUUUAGGUAAAAAAAAAGAUAAAUAAAAAAACUAAACGAUUUUUUUUUGAUGAAUUCAAUGUGUACACGGAACGGAAUAUGUCGGUUUUCUUUAUUUACAGCGCCAUGCCGGCCAGAGUGAAGGAAUAAAACGUUGCCCGUGGGCAGGAGAGACUCGUAUGCUCACCCGGCGUUGUGUUGCAUAGCAACCCUAGUGCGCAGAGGAGGGUGUAACGGUGAACGCACGCAACAGUUUACCUGCGUUUGUAAAACCGUCGUUUAAAGAAAUAAUAUUGUCUAUAGAGCAACAUACGUCGUAAUAGGUAUACGAAAAACAUUGUCUAACCAUAAACCGACAAAAUAUUAUCAUUAUCAUCUAAUAUUACCUAUAUAAUAAAGACUCGAUUCUAUGAUAAACUAUUCCGAUUUUUGAAACUAGUAAAUUCUCCCGAGUGUUUAAUUUCUUUCGAACAUGCCGUUUCAACGCAAAGCCACUUCGCCUUUAAAAAAAAAAAAAAAUCGCUCAUUAAAAAACAUAAACCCGUAAAUAUUUAAUAAUAAUAAUCCAUCUUCAAGAUACAGUUUUAUACACAUUCGCCAAUAUUAAACAAUAGUAAAAAAUACAUGUAUUUUUUUGAGCAUUAUAAUUAAUAUUUAAUAACAACAGUAAUAAUUGGAUCAUUUUAAAGAUGUAUUUUGAGAAAUUCUUCGUAAAAAUAAAGGGAAACUAAUGAUUUUUGUAAUUACUCGCAAUUUCGAUUAACGAUUCUUUUUUGAUAUCCAUGUACGUUUAUCGUCAAACGCGAUAAGUAAGUUAUGAUAUAGUUAGAUGUAUUCUAUCGCUUAUUCCUGAAUUCAAAUAAAUGUUACAGUGUUACGAUACUGAACUAUCCUAUUGUCGUAUAUGAUAAAAAUAUAGUAAUAUAGUAACAUAGUAAGUAUUAUAUUAUAUGACGUAUACAAUAUUAUAGUCGACUAUGUAAUGAAAAUGGGUAUAUUUAUUUGUAACGACUUUUCUACCGGAAGUCUUGCUCUAAUCAAACAACGACAAGGGAGCUUAAUUGUCUGGACACAGCCAAAAUGUUUGAAAAUUUAACACGUGAUCCAGCAAAGUUCCAAGUUCGAAAGUUCGAAUUUUAGUAGAAAUCGUAAAAAUCGAGGGUUUUCGUGUACUCUUGUAUUUUUCGAUUUAUACGAAUAUAAAUAGUAAAACCGAUACAUUUCUCGCUGCGCUUAGAAUCUGAAAAAAAAAAAGUGGUCUACGUAUUACCGAACGCUGAUAUGUACUCGACGUAGUACGCGCAUUGGAGAUUACGGAAUGAAAAUAACAACAUAAGACAUUGUCGAAGGACGUAAUAUUGCUAAUGUUUUAAUAGAUUUGUCUAUAAUUAUGUUUUGUUGUUUGUUUUUUUUUUUUUUUUUAUAAAUAUUUUAUCUGAUAAAAUGAUGCAAAUAUCUUUUAUCGGCAAUAAUAAAAUACACGUUUACGAUGACCAGUUGAAAACUAUAAAAUAACGCACGUACAUUAUAAUGGAAUAAUUUACCAUAUUAUCAUCGAUUGCAUAUCGGCCACUUAGGUUUGAUUUUUCGUAGCUACUUAAUAACACUUGAUAAAUAUUAUAGUAUAAUAUUUAUUUGCAUAACUAUUUAUAUUAUAAGUGGAAGCAGCUUGAGGGUACUAAUGCCCCCAAAAUUUUAGCCUCUCCUCACAAGCUUGGACUCUACAAUAAUAUUAUAAAAUUUAUUUUGAGAAAUUUUACUUUUCGUUAAGUUUUCAAUUUUAAAAUACACAAUAAAUAAAAAAUAUUUUUUAGUACAAAAAAAUGUAUAAUACGACUACAAACUACAAUUCAUCAGAUAACUUGGGUCGAUCAUAAUUGAACAUUAUUAGGGUGUGAUUCUCGCAUGUGCGAUUUCCGUCUUAUAAACGUACGGCAAAUAAAAUUUGCGUUCAGUAGGGACAACAUUGUUCUGUUAGUUUUGAUAUUAGAGUGUAUUGACCUAUUAUCAAAUUUAAAGUCAAGAACAUUAUCUGUGCAACGUUGCCGCUAUUUGUUCGAUACUCUUUACUUUUAAGAGCGAUACGAGUAUGUGAAGUAUCAACAUAUAUUUUAAUAAUAAAUGUUUCGCCUUUAUUUAUAACAUAGGUACUGUUCGAAUCGGUUCCCCUGGGCACGACUAUAAUAAUCACUAUGUACGUACGCGCAAAAAAUAAAAUAAAAAAUCAGGGGGGAAGGAGAUUCGUAAAAAUUAACAGUAAUAUUAAAUAUUGCGCACAAUGAAAUAACGACGUAAUCUCCUGUCUUUGCGCAAUUAUCGUCGGUGUCUCUAUAUAACUUGUAACAUUGCAUAACAUUAUAAGUACCUAUCUAUAAUCCAAAUUUUACAUACAUUUUUAAACUGAAUUUUAAACCGCAAUUAUGAAAAAAAAAAAAAAAAAGGUCUCUGUUAUAGGUGAAAUAACGAGCACAUUGUGUAUUAUGAAACGUGGUCUAUUACUCGCGCGUCAAAUUAAUUACGAUAGUUGGGCUGGACAUUAUAUUAUGGUAGGUAGGUCUAUAAACUUAAUAAUAUGCACCAAAUUGUUUCCGUAAACUAAUAAUUCACUAUAUUAAAUUACCGCGCACGAGGAAAAUUAUUUAAUAAACCGUACCGGCAGUAUCGCACGCACCAUUAAAAUAUCAAACGCAGACUAAACAAAACACGUUUUUGACGUUUUUAUACUGCGCGCGUUACAGUGUAACAGGACAGUGUGAUAAUAAUAAUAUUAUCUUUAUUUCACUAUUACAGCAAGUACCUGAAUAACUUAGAGCCGUUAAAACCUGUCGUAAUCGCAAUCGAAAUCGUAUCGACGACACUGCUACCAGAUAAACCGCGGUUACCCCGAACGACGCCGCCGUUGCAGUUCUCCACAGUUGAUAUUAAUAUACGAAUUACACAACAUUCCGCGUAUUUUACACCGCGACAACAAACAAAAAGGCCGUAUACGAUUUUCAAUACUUCCGAAGAGUUUUCGAUUUGGACGUUGAACCCCGACCACUUUUUCGUCCCCGUAUACGAGCCUGAUACCGCCGCGGCAGCCGCGGUCGCGCUGCGACAAACGCCGGACUCCGUGCCACCGAUUCGAUUCCGGUUCCUAUUUUUAACCAAAUUAUUGCCGGUUAAUCAAAGCCAAUAUCUUCGCAUCGCCUUCUGCGUCUUACAAUAUCCAUAAUCUUUCGCUUUCCACUUACAAUCCUAAACUUUAACCUACUGCUUAUGAUCUUAGUCCAGCGUCUUCAUAAAGAUAAUAUUAACAUUUAACAAGUUUUUCUUGUAUAGCUGUGCCAAAUUGUAGGUUUAUACUUUGAAACAAGAUGCAACAAUAAAAUCAGGCUUUUUGUGUGGAAAAUGCUCAAAUUUUUUCCCGCAUUACCAAAAUAUGCGGACGUUGGUACUUUAUUUGAAAAAAAUGUCUAGAUACCAACAUUUUUACUAUAUAAAAUUUAAAAAACUGACUGUCAGUCGAUACAUCGGUUUUAUUCUUGUCGAUUUCUGGGUUACCUUGACUACAGUGGAAAAAAACCACGACUGAUACUAUUUCGUUCUAAAUCGUUUUUUGAUCGCACUGUUUCAUCGUUGUGUAAAUUAAAUUACCCUAUAUCCUCACCUGCACCUACUACAGUGACUUACCCUUAGUACCACUGGCGUGCUCAGGAAUUUUCAAUGGGACGUGGAUGUUGCAAACGAGAAUCGUGAAUAAAGAAUAAAAUCGUCUUCUCUACCAAACUCGACUAUUAUUAUUAGAAUUGGUAUUUUAAAAGCGGGAUCCUACAAAAAAAUCAAAUUUCUAAUCAAUACAUGAAGCUUUUCCUCGUAACUUGACUGAAAUAUAUGCAUUUCGAUAUUAGAUUAUUUAUAUACUUUUUGUAUUUUUAAACCAACGGGCGGGGGGGGAUAUAACCCUUAACCUUCCCCAUUGAGCAUGUCACUGCUCGGUACGAAGUACGUCAAAUUUUUCUAGAAUAUUAUCAUCGUUACGCGAAUCUAACAAUUUCGUUAUCAUUGUUUUCGUUACCUAGUCCUGUCAACGUAUAACGAAAUACCUACGUGUAUUUCAGGUUGUUUCUGAAUCGAGAAAUUCAUCACACAUUAUUAAGUUUCAUAUUUAUUGUUAUUUAUUAUUUUUAUAAACACUCGCCAAAUAUUUUGGUAAGCACCUAUUAAAAAAUAACGAAUAUUAGAUAGGUACUUAUUUUUUGUUUACCGGAGAUAAAUUUAAAAAAAAAGUUAUCUAUACAUACAGUACUAUAUGAUUAUGAUAAUAUUAUAGUACAUUAUACCAUUUAUCUAAAUAAAAUUUAAAACAUUAAGCAAAUACCAUACUCUUCGAAGACAUUAACUAUAGGAUUUAAUAAUAAUAAAAAACCCGAUAAGAUUUAAGAUGUUUCAUAUUUACGUAUUUAAAUAAGUACCUAAUUAAUAACGAUUAAAGAUAAUCGGUAUAGCCCAAUAAAAAGCUGUUCUCUUUAAACACUUUUAAAAAUAUUAUAAAUUAUUGAAUUCAAAACUAUUAUUGUAUUUUUUUUAUAAGGCUCCUUUAAUCUUAAAAUGCAAUUGAUAAGAUAAUGAAAAUCGUAAUAAUAAAAAUAAAAUAAAACAAACAAAUUAGACGGAUUUUGAAGGUAUACGACCAAAAACUGAAAUAUCGUAUCAGAAUCGCAGAAGCAGCUAGUCGGUCGCCGAAUGAUCAUCGGGUGAAUCUAUAUACCCGUCUUCUGAACUUGUAACAUGUUUCGAUUUCCGGGUUAUUUUGACAAUUUGAUGGCCAAAAACUUAAAUCUUGUGCCAGUAAUACGUAAGCAGUCGGUCGUUGGACGGUGUUUGGACGCCAGAGGACUAUAGGACGGGAUAAAGCCACCGGAGUGCCUCAGGGUGGCCGCUACGCCGACUCUAAUGAAUUCCCGGUAACGAUUUUCAAUGGGUUCAAUAAAAUCGACAUAAUUUUUAAAGUCCACGAUAAAGAUAGGAACACAAACAAAAUAAUUCAUAGAGCUCAUGAGUAGUAGUAUGCAUUGAUAAUAUACGAGUUGGAGAGACUAUGGCGUAAAAUAAUUUUUUUUUGAAUGACAAGAAACCGAGGAGAUUUUUUUUAGUGCGAUUUUUACGUGCUAAGUACGCUCAAUGUAAUUAAUUGAAUCAGGAAGGUAGGAUAGGUAUAAUAAAUUUUAAUUUAAUUUAUUGCAAUUUAGUAUAAAUCCCGAAUGCAAGUAUUCGACGAUAAAUCGUUGCAAACGGCUAUGAUGACCGCAAACCCCUAACCUGGCUAUAACCGUGUUCGAAUAAAAUCGCACUUUUCUUUAAAAACCAGGUAUAUACCUGUAGGUUCACCGUCGGUAUACUCUCGUAUAUAUAACAUACAAUGUAUGAAUACAAUAUCCUGAUCACGUGGUCGAUAAAAGACACACACUGCGUUUAUACUAUUUUUCUGUGUAUACAAUAAAAUAUGGUUCGCAUGUACUACUGUACGCAUAUUAUGUCGAAUCAUAAAGGCGCAGGUGCGUAGAAAUUGGUUUGUCCUAUAGGUACGAACAUAUUGUAUUGUACUGAACUAUGAACAUGUUCAUGCAGGCGUGUCUUUAAUCGCGAGCCCUUUGUGAUUUCGGACAAAAUACGAUUUCGUCCCCGUGUAGUCUUUCGUUGUAUGCAUCGUCAUCACUUGACUAGAGCCUGCAGAGACGUAUAUUUAAAAUGUUGACCCCACAAAAAAAAAAAAAAACAAAAUGAAAUACAUCGACAAAGAAAAACUGUUUUAUUUAAUAUUUGUCAGUUAAAAUUUGAAGUUAUUUAUUUACCGAAAAUGUUGAUAAAACAGACCAUUUCGGGUAAUGGGCAAUGGUUGCAUGGUCAGCAAUGUCGGUGCUCACGUAUUUCUAAAAGUUGGCUGCCCGAGACGGUAGUACCCCCUACCCCUUAAAUACAUACGUAUUGAAUUUGACUAGAGCUUUGCAUAAACGGCGUACUCGUCAAUAAUAACCGGAACUCUGGGGUAUCUGCAGGUAUCAGUGAUCUUCAUAAUAAUCGUACCAUUAUUAUAAUAAUGUAUUAUAAAAAAUAAAAAAUAAAAAUAAAAAUACCAACAUUAGUGUUGUGUAAUGCGUUAAAAAUGUACAUCUAUGUAUAGUGUAUGCUACGAUUAAAUGUCAAUGAAGGCGAAACGAUACAACUAUCAAAGUUUAUUCGUUUCGUAACAAAUACAUCCGAUUGUUGCACAGAAAUUAUAUACAAAGAUUUCACACUUUUUUUAAAUAUACAUAUAUUUUUUUAAUGUGUACCAUAUUAUUUUUAUUCAAUAAUACAAGGCUGUUUGAACAAAUUUUCACUGAGGUCAAUGUUCUUAUGUUUUAUUUUGGCUAUCGUCCAAAAUGUCCUUAAACCGUUUUAUCUUUAUGUUAUAAACGAAUAAUAUAAUAAUAAUAAAAAACCCAUUUAAUAUUAUUGUCAUCUUAUUAUACUAUUGCGAUCGCAGGGUGUAUAGCAAGUAUAUCAACUUUAGUAUUACAUCUAUUAUUAGUUUUAGUAAUAUGCGUUUUAUUAUUUUUAGGAAAACAUUUUUUUCGGUUAGUAAAAACGCUUCACAUCGUACCUUAAAGUCGCGAAUUCGGCAUAAUGUAUUUGAAACGGAUUUCUGGAUUUCCAACAGUUUUUCUAAACAAUUCAAAACAACCGACAACAAAUGUCGACGCACAUUACGUAUUGGAUUUUGGUUUUGUGGACGUCCUGGAUACCUUGGCUCCGAGGGAAAAAACCGCGGCUAUUACUUACAUAGUAUUACUGUAAACAUAACCAGUUCGCCGAGUUCCGCUCAUAAUCGUUUUUCGAUUGCAACGGUUUAUUGUCAUUAUCAGUAUGCUAUAUUGGUAUUAACUUAAUUGCGUAAUAAAAACUUUCCACCGACAACACCGGAGUAUCCGUAGUGCGAAGUACAUUCGGCUCUAUAUUUAAACACGUUAAACUCGAUCGUCCGAUGACGGUAAUGUAUGGAAUUUAAUACAACUUUAUAUUUUAACGUUUGCGAUUAAAAACCACGUACCUAGUAAACGUUAUUAAAAUAUAUUAUUAUACAUUUUAUCGCGUUAUAAUUUAUUUAUCUUCAGAAUAUUUUUUGUCUUCUAACAAUUACGUUUCAAGGAAUCGCUAAUCAAUUUCGUCUCCACUAUAUAUAUUUAUUAGUUCAACAUAAGUUGAAUCGGUCUAAUUGUAGAAAUAAACUAAUGCAACAUAAAUACAAAAAGGAUAUAAAAAAAAAAAAACUGUGCGUAUAUGAUUAUAAUAUAUUAUAUUGUAUAUUUGAUUCACGCAUAUUUUUUUGUUUUGAUUCGACAAAAUCAUAUAAUACUGUAUGGAACAUUUUUACGCAAAUUACAACUUGGAAUAACGUAUUAUUUUUUUUUUUUAUAUAGUCGGGUAUAUAAAUUAAUUCAAUAUUUAAUAACUAUAUAUCCAAUAGGAUAAUGUAAACUAUUUAUAACACAUAUAAUGCGCCCAACGAAUAAUGAUGGAUAUAAUUAAUAAUUAUUAUUCUAACGUCAUACGAAAUAUAAAAUUAAAAAAAAAAAAAAAAAAAACAUACGCGUUUGUAUACAUAACGUAACUAUACUCGUUUUUCGAAGUUGGUUAAACAGACAGCAGGCAAGUAGUUCAUUAACAAAACGCGUAAUACUACAUCGCGCUAGGCCUAAUUCGAUUUUUCAAUCAACUAAGUACAUUAUGUAUGGUAUGAAAAAAAAAAAAAAAAAAAAAAACGAAAAACAUCAUAAUGAUAGUUAUAUUACACGGUAGUAAACACUAAUAAUGAACGAUUAUAACGACAAUGACAAUAAAUAAUAAUUUCGAAUAAACAAUAUCGCGCGUGUUAUGUGUCGGUAUAGGUAGGCAGGUUAUUGGUGUGGGUACCUAAAACGCUUUUGAAUGAUGACUGGUAAAAAACACCUAUAGGAACCAACGAUUACGGAAUAAAAAGUAAUUAUUACAAUAUCGACGAGGUAUCUGUGCAUAGAAUUUCGGUUGGGCCGAGUUGAGUUGCAACGUGAACCACACUGAUAAUACCUAUAGUACGUGCGCGUAUUGUUUUUUUUUUUUUUUUCUAUAUACUUGCAGUCUACAGGACUGCAGUAUCCGAGUAAUGUUGCUACCCAAUAUCUAUCGAAUAAUAUUAAUAAAGACCCGCAACUCCGCAACUAGAUUGUCGCGGUUAAUUAUCGUCUACGUUACCGAGUCUUCCUUCCAACAGUUCGUCUAACCAUUCUAAAAGAUUGGUAGCCACGGAAGCGAAAUCUUCCCACUGUUUGUACUCGGCCACUUUCUCCUCGUCCGCCGGCGACGACAAUAGCUCACCGAAUAAUUGUUCUUCGUCUAUAUAUAAUAAAAAUAAUAAUAAUAAUAAUAUAAUACACGGACAUAAUAAUAAUAAUAUCAUAAAGUAUAAUAAUUUUACAGAGAAACAAUAAUAAUAAAUUGUAUUCUGUACAAUUUCACGCGUUUUUCUUUCUUCCCUGCGCCCGCCCGCGGUUGUAAAAAAAAAAAAAAAAAAAAAUAAAAAAAUACGCAAUAAUACGCAUUACCCGUGAGUUUGACUAGAGUAUCGAGUACGGCCAUAGGAUCGCCGGGAAAGCUGUCACUUCCCGAACACACGUUCCACAGGGUCUGGCAAACGAGCGCCGAAAGGUUCCAAUCGCGUUCGCCCGACGAUCCGAGUAUGUUUACCAUUUUCGAAACGCCGUUGUAGUUUUUGAACGCUUCUCGAUUGCUCUCGUCGGACGUCAUGUUGACCAACACGCCGCAACAGACGACCAGCAGUUCCUUGUCGGCGCUGUCCAAAAAGUUGGUGACCGCCAACAGCCCUGAAACGUGCAUAGUAUCAAGCUGCGAGACGCGCGGAUAAUACGGAUGUUAUGGAUAGGUUAUCCAUGUACACCAUAUCAGUAUUUCAAGAGGGGCGGGUGCAGUUGCGUACUGCAGUUUCGUAAAGCAAGGUGUUUUAUCUACCGUACACAGCGCGAUGAUCAACGAUGAUCAAAUCUCCUCAGUUUACCGCCCCUCCGGGAACGACGCCUCGCUUACGACCGUCGUCGUAGUUGCGGCCUAUCCAUUCCUUUGUUAUCUAUGGAGUGUCCGAGCCAGGGUCACGGUCCUCCCUAUACGGGCCGUUUUCGUGCGUAUUUUAUUUUAACGACGCGAGUGUUAAUUACGCGUUUUCGAUUAUUUCUUCCGCUUCCGAAAGGCCGUUCUCCGCGUAUAAAAACGUGUAUUUAAAGAAAAUCGCCCUCUUUGCUCGUAACGGGUGUAAUAAAUAGGUAUUAUACAGUUACAAGACAAUAUGUCAAUACAUAAUAUUCUCAUUUCGUUAUUGAGUUGGUUUUUUUUUUUUUUUAAUCAACUGUUGUUUAGAGUUUAUGACAUCAUUACAUUAAGAGGACGGUACACAACGUGCAUUUUGUUGUUUCCGUCUUACAAACGCGCGAAAUAGUUAAAACAUGCUUACGAAGACUACACAGAACUCACUUAAUAUUGGUUUUACAGAAAAAAAAACUUGUUAUAAAAUCAAAAGAGAACAAUAUUCCGGAGGGCAAGAUGUUGCGUUUUUUCUCUGAACAUAACAGUCAAUCUACCGUUUAUAAAUAACGACUUUUUAAACGUUUUUUAAUUAGCACAAACUUUAAAAAAAAAAAAAAAAAAAAAAACAUUUACAAAAAAAUGCAUCGUUUUGCCCUCUGGAAUAUUGUUCUCUAUUCAUUUCAGGUGCUUUUACUCUAUAACCAAAACUAAACGAAUUCUGUGUAGUCCGCGUACGCAUGUUUUUACUAUAUUUUAUGUUUAUAAGACGGAAACAACAAAUGCACGUGUAACAUCCUCUUAAUGAAAACACUUUUCUAAAUUUUUCAAACCUUCCUUACGUAUACGCCCGUGAUCUAAACCGCAAUAACGUAUUUGCCCCCUCCCCCAAUUCAAAAUCCUGGCUAUACGCCACUGAAGCGAGACGCCAGUAUAAUGGCUGCAUACGAACUGAAUCUCAAUAAAACCUUUUAGGACGAAUUGAGUCCCGGGUUUUUUUUCUAGGUAUAUACUAAUUGAGUACCGUCAAACUCUAAAAAAUAAUAAUAAAAAUAUCAAAAUUACAUUUUUUAUACUGCUAAAAACACAAUAUAAUUAUGGAUAAUUUCGAUGUUGCUUGCGCGUAAUUAAAUAAUGAAAAUAGGUGAUAAAAUUAUAUUUCUCAUAUUGAUAACAACGCGCGUGAUGCACAUUGUAUGCAUUCGAAUCGUGUUAUAAUAUUGGCCGCGUGUACGAAAUGACAUUACACUGUCCAACGGCGAUAACAAUAAUAGUGAACGAUAUCGCGUAGCCAUCUCCGUGUCGUGUUCAUAAAUUAUUGCUGGUUGAUUAUCCAUUUUACUCGAAACAAUCCUCGGACUCGGUAAAGUAUAUGUUGGGGUUUUCCAACCGCGGACUCAAAAUUAGUACUCGCAUUGUUUCCCCCCCCCCCGUUCGGGUAUCGGGGUACUCGAUUGGUACGGCGCAGCGAUUACAAUGACACGCAUGCCGGCGGCGCGUAUCCAGAAUUUUGUUACGGGUGAGAGGUGAGUGCCGAUCCGAGUUUACAAACACCGCCCCACGCGGUAAAAUCGAAAACAUAACGUAAAGGACAAUAAACGGAAACGAUUUGAAAACACUUUCUUUACAGGUGCGCCCGGUUCGGUAUGAACAAAAGUGUAGCAAGCACAAACACGCCGGGUUACUACCAUUGCGGCGGCGGACCGUACGGCGCACACGAAAACGUAAUGUUUGCCGGUAAAAUAAUUUUCCGGAAAAGCCCGCGCGGCUCUGCGAUCGCCGCACCGCGAUCGUUAUCGACGGGUUUAUAAUUAGCAUCUGCGAUUCCCAGUAUUCGGUCCCCGCGGCAGAGCAGUGCCCGUGAGCGAUAAAAUGACCAAAUCGAAAUACGAAUUCAAUACCAACGAAAUGGGAACGUUUCGAACGACGCGAUUGGGCCCGGCACACUGUGGCGCGGCGCGGCAUGGACCGUCACGGCGCGCACGGGCGGCGCGACGAAUUAUUAUAUAAUUAGUGGGGUUUUUUUUUUUUUUUCUUCCGCUUCCGAGACGGUUCACAUUGACGCGGCCGGCACCGCAACCGUCACGUCGCAACACGCGGACCGGACCGGCAAAACAAAUUCCGAACGAAUGUCGCGCCGGUCCGUCGAGUGUCGGCGCACCGCGAACACAGUACCGGCAAACGCCCGAGAAAACAUAUCAGAAUUGUGAAGCAACACGAGAUAUUGACGUUGAACACUGAAGCGUUCUUUCUGAUGUGAAAAAGCGUCUUCAGACACGAAGAAAAAAAAAACACAUCACUGUGCAAAAAAAUUUUUAAAUUUUUGUAAAAUAAAUACACUCGUCGCUCGGGUUCACAGGCAGGCAGAUGGGUAGGUAUAACGAAUAAAACAAAAAUAACCGUUUACGUUGUCGAUUUAUUGAAAUAAAAUAACAAUUUUAAAUCAGGCGAGUCAAAUUUAAUUAAAAAAAAAAAAGUAAAAUCACGUACAAAUGCCUGUACGCGCUAUAACGAUUCGUGUCGUGCCGUGUAACAGUGUGAACGUGUGGACGGUUUGUGGUGACGUUACGUGCUGUGACGGUCCGUGCCGUGCCGGAACAGUGCGAAUCUGGCUUGGAAAUUUAAAUUCAAUUUAAUGUUCAAAAUUAAACGUGUACUUUUAUACGGGUUUAUCCGCACGCGAAAGUGAGACGCGCGUGUUUAAUUUUGAACGUUACUUAGCGUUUCUUAGCUAUAAUUAAACAAUAUGUUUCCCAAUGUAUUUUCAAUGCAUUUUCGGUUUUGAUAACGCACGGCCGCGUUUUAUUUUCGUUCAUUCGCAAUGUCGUGCCAUCAACCUUUGACAAUCUCCGUACAAAUUGUAUCCAAUUAUAUUAUGAAGCUGUUUGACGCUGAAGAGUUCAUUCUUGGGGUGUCGAAUGAAGAACCAUUUUCUGGUCUUUUUGGAUUAAGCGGAUGGACCCAAAACGUCGCCGUUUCACUUUUUUGUUUUCGUUCGUGUUCCUCGUAUAGCGCGAACACGACGCACGCGGCCUCUAUCCGUUUAAGCUUUCCGAAUUGAAAAAUAUUAAACGAAAUAACAGUGGACAGAAACGCGAAGUACUACUGCACAUGUAGUCAUGUACGAUGUAUACAGUGACGACAAGACGUCGAGACUAGUACAUCACAAAAUACGAAGUGUCGGCGCGCUUUUUAUCUCUGAGAAACGCGCCCAAUGUGUAAGCGAAGCGCGUUUCCGUUUUAAAAUCGUGGCGUUUGAAACGCGUGGAGACGCGCGUUCGAAUCGCCCAGCCGGUUAGCUUAUUGCAGCGACUUCCAUGGAAAUAAUCUUUAGAUUUUUUUUUUUAAAUUUCGUGGAGGGGAGGCAAUGACUUAGCCCCCAAUAAAUACGCCCCCGCAUGUAGACAUAAUGCCAUCUCAAUAAAUCUGUAUAGACAUUUGAAAAACUACUUUCCUUAAAAGUAUAUUAUUAUAUUACAUUAUACAGGGCAAUUCAUUUAAUACGUAAAACACUCAUUAUUUCGCAAAACAUUUUUCCUUUUUUCUUAACAGUCUAAGAAACAAGCCGAGUCUGAAAUGUAACAUUAUCGAUUAUUUUUGAGGUGAAACGACUAUAAUUGUUUUUGAUAAACCUAUAUCUGAAAAACGGGCCGCGGAUAAAAUGCAUUAUGUAAGAAGCAUUUUUAUCGACUCGAAAAUUAUGUUCAGAGACAUAAAAGCACACGUCGAAUAACAAUAUUGAUCUCCGGUCGCUAUCCGUUUGUAUAGUAGGAAAACCGACAAAAAGGGACAUAAUUUCUACGCGAAAAUAGCUUGUGGCAAAAAAAUAAUAGCAAAUAAUAGCUAUAAUAUCGCCUAUACCUAUCGUACGAUAUUUUAAACGUCGAAUAAACUGUAUAGAUGAAAAUUUAUCCGUACGAUAAAACUGUUCCAUUCGUUUGUGCUCGCACCAAUAACAUAUCAAUACAAAUAUCGAUCGCUGCAACGACACAAUAAUAUUAUCUCAUCAAUCUUCUCGCUUACUGAAUUUCACUCCCGGGAGGUCCACGUAGACGAGGCGUAUUAUAAACGCUUCCCCUAAAUGUGUCAAUAACCCCGCAGCAACGCUCGUAGUGUCGUAACAUACGAAAAAAAAAAAAAAAAAAAAAACCCGUUCUUAAAUGUCUCCUCGGCAUAAUAAAAUAAUAUUAUAAUACACAAGUGUGUACUAUUUUCAUGCAUUGUUAUGCACCCGAUAUGAUAUUAUGACAACGCAACAGCCCAUAACCGAACAUGUUUUUAUUCAUAAAUAUCGUACUUUUACAUAUUAUAUUAUACAUAAUUCACCUAGGUAUUGUUUUUGUUCAUCGAUAUAGUCGUGUCGGCGUACGAACAUGAUAUUAUAUUAGUAUGUAUACAUUCAGUAAAUUUGUUAUGUGUUAAAUCCUAUAUAUCGAGACGCACGGUGUUCGUAAUAAUAUGACAAAAUCGAAAUGGAAAAAAAAAUACCCGAGUAAAUAGAACGAUAUAGAAAAAAAAAAAAAAAACGAAUAUUAUAAAAGUAUUUUUUUUUUUUUUUUUAAACCAUAUUCAUGAUGUCUAUCUAUUAUAUCCGUAAACGCUUAACAUAAUAAUAUCUUUAUAGGUAGGUACCAAUACAAUAUUGUAUUUUAUAUGGAUAAUAAAUUCGUAGCUCUAAAAAAAAUUAUGCGCCUAUCUAUACGAUUUCGUUAAAAACAAUAUCAGAAGAUACGAAACUCGGCGAAUUAUAUAAGAAUUGAUUUCGCGACGAAAAUGGCCUUAAAGAACCGACCAACUGAAACAUGUGCAUAUUAUUGUGAUUUAUACAAAGUGAAAUAUUAAGAUUUUAAAUCGAUAAAAUUAUUAAAAGUACCUAACUCGAUACAAUUUUUAAAAUAUAAAUCACAAGAAUACGUUUUCGGAGUGUAAUCUAGUUCACCUAUACUCAUGGACCUACCCCGGAUUACGUUAAAUGAACUUUUACUGUGAUUCACGUAGUGCUAAAAAAAAAAAAACGUCUAUUUAUACAGACAAAACUGAGUCGAAACAGUGGUCAAUCCCCCGAUAAUCGGUGAAGUCCGUGUAGAUUAUACAAUAUGUUUUAAUAAAAUUUUAGAAAAAAAAAAACAAUACGUUUCGGUAGCGUUUGCAGGAUUUUUUUUCAGUAGGGGUUUUGUUUAUAAUAAUUUCCUAGAGAUGGGAUAGCACAUACUACCGGUACAGUGCUAUCACUAUUGUUACUGAAUAAAUGAUUUUUGAUGAAAUGAAAUUGUAUUUAAUUCAGUUGUAUAAAAUAGUUCAAUUUAAUUGAUUGAAUGUAGGAUUUGAUUUAAAAUAAAUCAGUGAAAGAAGAAAUUCCGAGGGGUUGACCCUCCUCUGUUUGUGCCACUGAUACAUGUAUCCAUCAUUUACGUGCGUAUUCUAAGCAAAAAGCUUAACUAAUUAUAAAUUAUACAUUUAUAGUACCCACAGUUAUAAUUAAACCAUCAAUUAUUCUGAAAGUUUUUGUCAGAUAUUUAUAAAUUAACAAGUACCCGUGUAUACAACCGAUUAUUAUUCAAAACAAUAGCGAGGUUUAUCGUUGAUAUUCGCGCACGUUAUACGCGAACUACGAUGUCCAUACAAAGAAAUAGAAAUCUCACAGUGAGUUAACAAUAUUUAAUGGAACUUUAUUUUGAAAAAAAAAAGUCAUUAGCCAGGUAGGUGCAUUAUAAUCGUUUGUAUCAUUUUGCGACGGAAAAAAGUUUCGAAAAGAUUCGGUAUAGUAUAAAAAAUUGGUUAUUAUUAUUAUUUUUUUUAAUGUAUUAACGUUUACCGCUAGUCUCCAGUAAGUAAUUUCGAACUGCAGCUGAUCUGGUGAGGUUCCCAAAUACUCUGGCCACUUCUACUUUACACAAAUGAUUUCUCGUCGACAGCAGCAGACCCAACGCUAAAACAACGAUCAAAUUAUUGUCUACGAGUUGGAACGGUUAGAUUAUAAAUAAUAACGCAAUCUAGUUAUACUGCGCCUAUAAUCUAAUUAAUCGUUAUAUGGAGUGAUCAAUCUAUCAUAAGACACCUAUCAUAAAACUUUUUUAAACUCAUUAUUAACCAAUACUUAAAAGUGGAAUAUCUCGUCAACCCGAUUGAUAGAAAUCAAAAAUGUCAACAUCAAAAUUUAUUUCAAUUAAUACUCCGUUUAUUUGUGGACUUUUUAAUAUAGGUUACCGUUUGAAAAUAAAAAGUAAGUAGUGGUUUCACCACUAAAAAUAAGUUUAAGACAAAAAAUAACAUAAAUGUAAAUUUGUAGAGCUGCGUGUUUCUUAAAUGUUCUACAAAAUAAAUAACGAAAAAAAAGUUAAUACUUUCCGAAAUAACGAGUGUUUUAUAAUAUAUGUAUCACUCCGUAUAAGACGUGUUACCUUGCGUUAUGUCCAAUUGACGCGCGCCAAACGGGCCGCGAUUCGUGUCCGACAUGUCCGCGUAAUACGACAAGUUGUUCAGAGCCGCCAACGCGGCGAGCACGAGUUCUUCGUUUUCGUCAAUGGACUUCCGCCUGAGUAUGGUCAACAGAGAAUCCAAAAACUGUUCGCACUCCUUUACUUUGUGAACCGGAUGAUUGUCGUCGUCUGUCGCCAUCACCAAUCUCGUACCGAUUUCCGGUUGUAUGCUCAUGUUUACCACGACCCGUAUCACCUAUUAUAUUAUAAUACGCGGUGCAAUUAAAGCGUUUAUUUCAGACUUUCAUCGCCCCAGAGGAGGGGAGGGGUUAUCGUGGAUUUCCACAGGGGUACGUCGAGGGCGGAGCCCGAUCUAGGAGUUUUCACACCCGGGGGAAAAAUUAAAAAAAAAUCGCUCAAUGAUGCCUUUUUUUUGUAGCUCGUUAAACUGCGGUUAUUUAAAUAACACAAUAGUUUUUGAUUUUGAGUGGAGCAAAGAAGCUUAUGGUUUUACAAUAAUGAUGUUUAUUGUUUAUGUUAGCAAUCGUUGCUUACAGAUAUACAUUAAAUUCCCAUCUACAUCCUACCUCCCCAACUUCUCAUAUACAACAGUGCCUGCACCCGUCCCCAUUAUCUUAGAAUAGAUUUUUUUUAGUAGAAAAAUGAAGUGUACAAAUUUAAAAUAAUUAUAUCGUGCACCGCGGCGUAGUGGUUUUAAAAUUUAUUUUCCUCAUCGUCCAUACUCUUUCUAUAUAAUUUGGAAGUCUACGUAAAAAUGGCCAAAUACAAAAAUGACAAGAGAAAAAAAUAUUCCUCCUAUUUUAUUAUUUAAAAUUAUGUAUUGAAUUAUUAUCUAUUGUACUUAGAACUUAAUGUACCGUGAUGAUAAUAAAUAAUAAUAAUCGUAGGUAAUAAUGGCUAAAUCAAAAUUGGCCAUAGAAAAAUGUCUAAUUUUGUCAUCUGGCCAUUUUCGUACUCGGAUUAUUUUCCUGAGGCCAUUUUUCAUUUGUCAUAGUAUUAUAAAUAAAUAUAAAAUCGAUUAUUGACAAAUUAUUAUUAUUUUUUUUUUUAUAAUAUCUAUCGAAGACGAUUCGAGUUAUCUGACUUGCAGGUCGGAGGCAAUUCAACAAAUUUCUAAAACCUGUCGGCAAUUCGAAUAAUCUUUUUUAAGUUCUGUGUGUAGCGAAGAAUGUAUUGGUUUUACUAAGAUGUUUCUUUUUUUCUUUUUUCAUACUGUGUACAAAAAUUCGACCAAAAAUCUUGCUCAGAUAUUUACGCAUGCACCAUUUCUGAAAGGGAAUGUUGUCCAGUAGGUACUUUUAAGAGGUAAUUUUUGUUUUUCCAUAUAUGUAUAUUUCCGAUUUAAGAACGAUGGUGAAAUCUUAAUUAAGCGGACUGACUAUAUUUCGAAAAUAGUUUUUUAAAGUUCUGACAUUAUGCGGAUAUUAUAUGUUAUGUUAAUUUAAUUAUUGUCUUCUCUAAAGUAUGUUUAUCGUAGCUGAAUGAUUAUACAUAUCUAUUUUCAUCCUUGAGUUCACGAAUUCCAACCAGUGUUUCGAAAAAAAGAUUUUUGGAUUUUUUUCCCUUUUCUCUAAACCAGGAAAAAACAAAUUCAUUUUGGGUGUACCAAGAGAUCUAAGCCAUCGCUCAUUCUGACUAUUUUAAUCGAAAAAUAUCCCUCGAUUUGUUAUGCAAACUUUUCUACCAAAAAUAAUGCUCUGAUGUAUCAAGUGUAGCUUAUUUUCUAAAAGGAAAUUUAAUCUCCAUGGUAAUUUGGGUAGGUCAUUUUUUUAUAAAUGGGAAAAAUCCUGAAAAACGAAGAAAUACGGAAAAAUUUACAAAAUACAUUAGUAAAAUAUUACGAUUUUUUUUUUUUGUAGACGACUUUUCUACCAUCAAUUUUGCUCCGAUUUACAAUAAUAACACUUUUUCUAAAAGGAAAUCUGACUGGGGAGGUACUUUAAAAAGGUAAUUUUUCGAUUUUCCCAGUAAAUUGAAAAACCAUGGGAUAACCCGGAAAAACAGGAAAAUCAGUACAAUACUAAACAAAUAUUAUUAAAGAAAAUAUAUAUUGCAUAUUUAAUUAUUUUAUCAUAACAUGACAUGUAUGUUAUUGACAAAGCAUCACUAUCAACUGAAUUGAGCUCAGAAUCGUUUUUUCGUUAGCAAUGGUUUAUCGUUGCUUUCAGAUAUACAUUAAAUUACCUAUAACAGUGGCUGCACCCGACUUCAUUAUCCUAGGAUGUAUUUUUUUAAUUAAAUCAGUGGUUUUUAACCGGGGGUCCGCGGACCCCUAGGGGUUCCCGAGAAGGUAUUAGGGGGUCCCCGGAAAAAAAAGCGUAAUGGCGGAAAAAUUAAAAUUUGUUUAAUUAAUUGAACUUUACUUGUGAAACUAGUUGUGAAAUAUUGUAAAUGAUGUAAAUAAGUUUUUCGUAACUUAUAUGAUUUAGUAUAAGUGUAUAAUAAGAGUAUAAUACUACAAUAGGUAUAAUAUACCAUUCUAGGCGGUACGAUAAGAUUGUAUUUGGGGGUCCGUAAAGUAGUAGUGAGUGGUCAAGGGGUGCGUAAAUGAAAAAAGGUUGAGAACCGCUGCUUUAAAUGCACGUAAAAUACUAUUCGAGUGUGCGCAAAACUAGAGAAAUCUACAUUUAUUUACUUUUAUAAGCACGUCUUCGACAAUGUUGAAUUUGAUGUCGCGUGAUAUAUUCAUUAAAUCCUUUUCCAAAUAUAAUUGCAUUAAAUUCAGAAACGUCCCCAUGGAGCAAUAAGUAUCGUAUAACUAUAUUAUGUACAAUCGAAAAUAGUAAAUUGGUAAGAUUUUUGUUUUCUAAGGAACAAAAAUUAUAAUAGUUAAAAUUCAAAAUAUGACGUCACUUGAUGUCGAGCGUGUUCGUUAUUAGACAAUAUGUUUCCUAGCGCAUAAGUUAUACGGACUACAAUUUCCUCUUGUCCCGGAUACUUAUCGAUUAUCGACAUUAAUACGGAUACGUUCGACCAGCAUUCCACGAGUGCAUCGCAGCAUUUACUAUCGGUGGACAGAAUACUGAUGAAAAAAAAACAAAACAAAAAAAUUAUUACGAAUAAAUAAUAAUAUUUUCUGCCUGUUGUUAGUCUUGUAAAGUAUUAGAAUACAUUCUAAAUACGAUUUUUUUUUUAUUUUCUAUUUGAAUAAUUUUUUCAGCCUAUUUCAGGUAAGUAUAGUUAAGUAUAGGUAUUUAGGAACCUUAAGAUUCUCGAAAUGUUUGUAACUACGUCGACAUCGCAGGAAAAUAGUUCUAAAGUACGGUACAUGGUUAUUAAACCGCCUGAAGACAAAAGUUCGGUGUAGUAUUUUCGAUCAUUGACCACGUUCCUGAGCGUGCCCGUCAACUGAUACAAUACGUGGUUAACGGUUUCCGGCAACGUUUGACGUUCCGUACGCUCCAAAUUUAUCAUUUUCAAAUGUAACAGCAUGAGCGGCAGACAACCGUUACUCAUGGCGCGUUCCAUUAGAUCCGGAUUCAUGGUGAGAAACUUUAACGCGCCGUAACCAUAAAUCAACGACUCAGCGUCUUCGUGCGGAGUGGCCAAUCCCAGUAUGUCCACGAAAAGAGUCAGAACAUUAGAGUUGAGGAACAAACUGUCGUUUUUGUCCGACCGGGAUAUUUUGAAUAUUAAUUUACAAACGGUCGCCAAAUAUGUUCCGGUCACUUGCAUCUAAAAUAUAAAUUUAAGUAGAGGUGUAGGUGUUAUAUUAUAAUACCGACCAGUGGCGUAAAUACUGAGUGGGCAAAGUGGGCAAACGCCACGGGCCCACAACUGAUAAGGGCCUUAGCAGUGGUGACCAGAGCCCAAGACAUUAUUGGACACAUGUGAGGUUCUUUUUGAAUGACCUUUUUUUUUUUGGUUAUUGGAUCGGCCUUUAUACAAUAUUUCGUCACAGGCAUUAGAAGUUCUGGUUACGCCACUGAUACCGAUACAUUUGUACGAAAACUUUUUUAUUUUUUCUCAAAAUAAUUUUUAUGAACACAAACUGACCUGAAGUAAUACUAAUAUUAAAUUGACCAUGAGUUCGUCGUCCGUUGAAAUGUUUACCAGUUUAAAUAUUGUCUGGAGUAUAGUUUCUUUUUUGUUUUCGUCUCGUAUGACUGAUAAAUGUUCACGUUUUAUUGAUAACGCCAACUUAUUUAAAAGUGAACACAUCUCGCCGACUUCAAAGUCUACAAACAAAUUAUAAAAAUGUUCAACAUAUCAAGGUCAUCAUAUUUACAUACCUACACAUAAUUAUACCGUUUAUAGGGGAUUAGGCCUAAUGGGAAUAUAUUCGAAAAUGGUUAACGUUAAAAUAUUAAAAACAAAUAAAUGCAUCCAAUUAUUGUAAAUACAAGUGGCUUCAUGCCUUACAAUCAACAUUAAUAUUUAUACAUAUUCAGAUUAGGUGCAUAUCAAGUGUUAAAUUUUAAAUACAUAAUAUUAUACUUAAAUAUGUUAUAAUACAUCUUAAAUAUAUAACGAGUCGAAAAUUUGAAAAAUUAUAUAAUUAUCUUUUAUAACACACUUGAUAUCUAGGUACCUUGGUAUCUGUAUACUCUUCAAGAGUGUUAUUGUAUCAUAAUUGUUUGCCUAUCAUACAUGACAGGUUUAACAGUCAUUGAAAUGUAUAUAAUGGUUAAUGCUAAAUCUGAAUAUCUACUGCAGAUCAUUAUGACAACAAAAUUUUUUUUAAAUUAACAAUUUAUGUUCUAAGCAUAAGAAAAAAAGGCCGACAGGUAUGACCUUUGAUGUGUAUAUAUAUGAUAUAUAUUUUUCAUAAAUAUUUGGCUUUUGUAUUUUCUUCUUUUUAAAUGUCAAUUCCCUUAAAAAAAACAAACAUUCUUGUUUUGAUGCAAAUAAUGACUUUCUCUACAGAUAUUUUUUUAAAAAUAUUUAUCAAAAAGAUCCGCCUAUUAUAUAGGUAAGUACCUAAAUCAUGUAUUUAAAUGUAAUAGGCAAGUUAAGUAUUAACUUUAGAUAGAUAUGUUUUUAAAUUUAGUUAAAACUUAAUAGCUGGGAUGAAGGUGAAGGAGAAGAAGAAUAAUUAAAUAGAUACUAUGUAAAAUAAGUGAUAAAAACAAUACUUUUCUUCAUUUUGGUCUCAAUUAGUGAUACAACCCAUAAACAGUCAGCAUGGACACCAAAACACAAGGCUCUUGCUUCAUUGAUUUCAUUUUCAUGACUCAUGUACUCGUGGUCAUAGUAAUUUUGUUCGUAGUGGUUCUAAAAAAGUAAUUUUUUUUAAUACUAAUAUCCUACAUAAGUAUACACCUACUAUACCAUUUAUUUUAACUAAUACGUAUAAAUAUCAAGUUAAUAGUAAAAAAUUAAACAGAUAAUUGUAAUAAUAAAAUAAAAUUGAUCUUGAACAAUAACAUAAUAGAAAAAGUUUAUUCAUACAGGUAUUUUGGAACAUAGAUUAAUAGUAACAAGGACUACUCAAAAGAGAUCAAAUUUUGUAUUGAAAUUAUUAGACCAACAUUUUUUAGAAUGAGGAAAAGUUUUUCAAACAAAGAUCUACUGUUGGAUUUAAAAUAUAAGAUUUUGAAGUGUUAUGUGUUCUUUAUCUUGCUGUAUGGAGUGGAAUCUUGGACAUUUAAGAAAGCAGAUGUUCUAAAAAUCCAAGCAUUUAAGAUGUGGUCUUUCCAUAGGAUUCUCAACAUAUCUCGGGUUGACAGAGUUACAGUGAUGAAUAGUAGUUAUUAAAUCUAGGAAACUGUAAUACUUGGAACAUAAUAUUCUGAGGGGCGAAAUAUACCAGCUCUUACAUUUCAUAUUACAAGGUUAAAUUCACGAAAAGAGGAGUAAGGGAAAGACCUGAGAAAGAAUGAGCUGGUAUCAAAAUCUAGGAGAGCAGUUUCAGUACAACACCAAGGAGCUAUCAAUGCUAUUAAGAAUAAGCAUUAUGUAGCAAUGACAAUUUCCAACCUACAAUAGAAAAAAAAUAUCAUAUUCAACUACCAACUUAAUAAAAUGGUAUUUUAUCUAAUUUGAGCCUCAACUUUAAUAUAUUACAAUUUAAUUUUAAAGUAGCAACCUAACCGAACCAUAUUGAAAAAAAUAUUUUUAUCUACAAAACUAUAUGAUCAUUUUAAAACCAAAAUAAUUGAUGUUUUUUUUGUUUAGAAAUUAAGUUGAAUAGAUAAAUUACAAUACAUUUUAACAUUACAUUUACAUUUUACUCUCUCCAAAAUAUGGGUAAUAUUACGUAGGUACCAACCAAUAUGGCAAUAUGUAUAAUAAUUACCUAUAUAAGGAAUAAUAUUAGAUUUCUACAUCCUGUUACAAUAAAAUAAUAAUAAUGCAGAUUUUUAUACAACUUUUAUAGUUACAAUUGUUACAAGUAGGUAUCUAUGGUUACAUACUUUGCAUGGGUACUAGCUACUCCAAUUCAUUUUCAUUAUAAUAAUUAAUAUUAUUAUUUAUGAUGAAUUCUUCCUUGAAAAUUGACUUGGAUAGAGUAAAAGAACUUGUUAUGGAAACAAUCAGGGCUAAUGAAUCUACGACGAUGGACUUAUUAUUAGUUUCUUUGAAAUCAAAUUAUCCAAACGUUAACGCUGUUCAUUUGCGUUACAAACUGAGUAAAGGACUACUCGAGUUAAAAAAGGAAAACACAGUUCAGGAAAUCGAAAACCGUAAAAUAAACUUUGGUCAAAAUGUUCAUUGUUGGGAUCAAAAUAUCUGCUUAAUAGAUUCAAAGAUAAUUCAAUGCUUGAAAACAAUGGAUCAACUUUUGGGAACAAUGUAAUUUACAAGUAAAUCUACUAUAGAUAGGUAGGUGUACUCAUACCUACACCAUAUGUACCUAAAAUCAAAGUAUUUAAAAAAAAAAAAUAUUGAUGAUAAUUUCAAUAUAUUGAAUUUAAUGAGUUAUGAGUUUAAUAAGUUACCUAUGAGAAAUAUAUAAUUAAAUAUUGGUUAUACAUUUCAUGGUUUAAAAUGAUAACACCUAUAUUACUCACAAAUUUGCGUUAUUAAUUUAAAUCAUAUAAUGAUUUUUUUUCUUCGAUUUUUAAAUAAAUUAUCAUAUUUAAUCAGAAAAAAAUAUUAUCAACCAUCCAGCAAAAACUCGCUAGUUGAUUUUAAACAAUCUUACUGUUAUAAGGAAAAUAAGAAAAUUACAUUUUCAUUCUUCAAUGCACCAAAUAUAUCAAAAAUUCUACAAGAUAAUUGUAUACAAUUUUAAAUUGAUUUCUGAUAGAAAAGUUAUUUAUAGGAAAAAAAACAACUUAUGAGUUUUUGCUGUGUAUAAAGUCAACUAUAUGAUAAAUACCAAAUAGAUGAAAAUCAAAACGUUCAGUUUCAGUAAAUGAAUUAGGUAUAUAUAGUAUCUAUAUAGUAUAUAUAGUAUCUAUACCUUAAGAAGUGCAUCAAUCGAAAGUGGAAACGAUAAUGAUGAUAUUUGAUUUUUGGUUAUAUUUGAGUUGUCAGCCACAUCUGAAUUGGACCGAUGGAGUGUUGUACUUGGUGGACUACUUUGAGAUUGUCUAUUAACUUGUUUUUUAUUAAAGUCUUUAAUAAAAAUAAAAUAAUUGUAAUGGGAUACACAUACUCCAUUAAAAUAUUGUGAGACAAUUAAAAUAUUACUUGUAUAUUUUGGCUUAUCGAGAGCUGGUAGUUUUGUACAACUACUUUUUUUCUUUUCCUGGAACUGUAUGUGUUGCAAUCUAUUAUACAUAUACGGAAGAAUAUUAUAAUAUUAUUAAUUAUGUACAAUUAUAAAAAAAAAAUUACGAAAAAAUUAGUUUUUAAUACUUAAAAGCACUAGGCGGUCGAUUUGUUCGUCGUUGACAGAAGAACACUCUUUCAUGCGGGGUGAACGGCCUAUUCGUGGACAGUGGCUUUAUGUAUAGGGGUGUGUUUAAAGCUGCUUUUGCUUCACUAAUAAUUUCUGAACUAGUUUUCGGUAGUUUAGAUCCAUCUACUCUACCAGACAUUUUAAAAACGCAUAUAUAUAUAUAUAUUAAUAAUUUAACUAACUUAAAAAUUAAACUAUUACAAUUACACUUGUUUAAACUUAUUUUAAUAAACAAAACGCUGAACUUAUAAAUUAUCAAAACUUGCAUAAGUGUAUAAUAUGUUGUGAUAGUUCUCUUAAAUCGUUACCAAGGAGCUUAUGGGAUAAUUCACAACAUAAACAAGGCAUAUUGAUUUUUUUUUUUUUUCACUUUAUAAUGUCAUAAUUUAUUAUUAAAAAUGUUAUAAUAUAUACAGUGUACCUAUACAAAAUAAACCUUUUUUUAAGGUUUAACACAAUAAUAUUGUGUUCAAACACAAUUCUUAAACAUUGGUAAUUGUUAUUUAAGUUGAAAAAUAAUAUAAAUAAAUCAGACAUAAUGUAAUAGUUAACAUUUAUAUUCCAUUAAUUGAGUCUUCAUCACAAUCGCCAGGGGGCCUAAGUUCAUCUUCAUUCAAAUCUAAUAUUUUUUCUGUAAGCUGUUUUUCCUGUGUCUGUAAAAAAAAAUAAUAAUAAAUAAUGUAAGCUCAUCCAACGCACAAAUAAUCACAGUAAAUUCAGUCUUAUUCUAUUGAGUUUGUAUUAUUUAAACUAACAAAUGAUAUACAUCAAUAACAAAAAUAAUUAAAAUAUAAUAAUUAUUUUACUCAGUACUAAUAUUAAAAUUAAAUUACACAAUAUUAUUUGUUCUUAUGAGGUCAUUGUACCCGAAUGUGCUGUUUCUGUCUUUCAACUAUGCGACAUAGUACAUUUUCAUUUAUUGGAGACAACUCUGUAUUAUUAGUUUUAAUAUUGGAGUUAAUUUUAAUUUUUAAGUGAGAUAAAUAUUUUAAAAUGUGAUAAUUUUUUUUUCUAUUAAAAUAGAAAAAUACACAAUCUAUAACAAAUUAUGCACAAUAAGCAAAUGUGUUUUGAUUUUUCUUGCUUAGCAUGAUUAAUAUGAGGAAUGUUGUCCAGUGACAGAACCCUCAAAAUUGUAGUGUUUAAUACUAAUAUAAUAUCAUUUGAAAAUUUAAAUUACAAAGAAAAAAAAAAUGAAGACAGAACACAGAUAAUGUUCUGAUCUUCAAGUUGGGGAAUAUUCACUCUCAUAUUAAAACUGACAGGGCAGAAUAUUCCCUGCUGAAAGAAAAUGUGCUAUGUCGUAUAGUUGUAUGACAGAGACAACACUGCGUGUACAACAGUCUCUUAAAACAAAUAUAUAAUAUACACAUCAUAAAUAAUUUGUUAACCAUGAAUGUGAACUGAAUUCGAAUGAGAUGUUAUUUUGUUAACAUUAUUUAUUUUUUGUUUUUUGUUCAAUAUUAUUCAAAUUUUCAAAUUUUUGAAGGGUUUAAAAAAAGUGUAAUUUUAAAAAGUGAUAGUCGUUUUAAAGUAUACUUCAUUACUAAUUUAAGCAUAUUUUUAGAAGUUUUAUUACUAUGACAGUCGAUACAAUUAGCAUAGUAAAAAUCUAUAUCGAUAAAAAUGACAGUCGGUAUUGAAUCCCCUUAUUAGUGAAAAGUAAUAACAUUUUUUUUAAAUUUAAAAAAAAUUAAUUGGUUAUAUCAAUUUAACUUUAUUUAGUUAAACUAAUACAUUUUAAAUUCCAAAGAAAUAUUUUUAAAAUAUAGUUCCAACUAAAUAAUUUUCCGAUUCUCCCGUAAACUGGUAUAAAUCCUAAUUAGUGCAGGUAACAAAAAAAAUACUAGCAAAUUAAUAAUUAAUAUAAUUAUUAUAUUUCAAGUUUGUAUGAUGACAUUUUUGAUAAUAUUAUAAUCAAUUUUUUCUACAGUGAUGAAAAAAAAUGUAGUGCGUCCCUAGAAUAAUUAAUAAACAAUAGUAAAUAAAAAUAAAGUGAUUAAAUUUGGAUUUUUCUAAAAAAAGUGACUUAGUGAUUCACUAGCAGUCCUGUAAGUAAUACAUUUAUACAAAUAUUUACUAUUUGUAUGAUUACUACUUUAGCAAAUUCAUGAAAUGUAUACUUUAUUAGAGAUAUUUUGCCUCUGUAAUGUAACACUUCGGUUUUUUUUUUUUUUGAUAAGGUAGUCUGGUCGUUUUUUUAUUAAUAUCAACUAUUUACAGCUUUUAAAGUUAUAUUUUCAAUGAUAUUGUAUUUUUAUAAUGCAUUAAAGGAAUAAAAACUCUGUUUGAAUUUUAGUUUGUUUAACAUUAAUUAUUUCAAUGUACUGUGUGUGGAGAGAUUUACAAAAAUAAAACGUAUGUCUUCGGAAAUUUUUGUUUUAAAUUUUACUUAACAAAUUAAUUCCUAAUGAUAUACCUAAAGAUAAAUAUUUUAUUUUUUAAUAUUACCAUUGAUUUUAUAAUAAAUAAGCAAUGAUUUAGUCGUUUUCAGUGAAUAAAAUAAUAUGUAUACGGAUUGCCGAUGAGUAGCGUAGUAUUAAUGAACAAAUAAUUAUCAUAUCUUAAUGAGUCGUGUUGGUGUCUCGAUUUAUAUUAUUACGAAUUUUAUCGAAUAAUCGUUAUCGGCAUUAAUACCGAAAUAGAUUUCCAGUUCGUUCCGUCAAAAUUAUUAAUAUGCCACCUGUUUGUAUCCAGACCAAAGAUCUAAUAAUAUUUAAAUAGUAGGUAAAACAGAAUAUCAGAGACAAAUAAGAACAAGUAUAAAUAACUAAUGAAGGAACUAAGAAUAGAAAUCUGGAAAUAAUAAUAUUUAUACAAAUAAAUAUAACCAUAACAAUUUAAGUUAUUCACAGAUAUUUAAAAAAAAAAAGAAUUGAUACUUAAAACGGGUAUGGCCGCUUUGGUAAGUAGAUAGUUGGGAAAGGUAAGAUAUAAAGGGGAAUUGAAUGUAUACAUUUAUUCAACGAUUUUGAGCGGAAUUCGGUUAUACGUGUUUUGAAUGGCCGUAUUAUCUACAAUUUUCGUCAAAAUUUGAUUUUGAAACUUUUAUAUAUAUAUAUAAAAAAAAAAAAAAUUACUAUAUUACAUUAAAAGUUGUUUUUUUGACAACUUGAGAAUGAACCACUUAUAAUGAACCUCAUCUCAAAUUUUCAAGCAUUUCUGUUUUAACAAACAAUUUUAUCUACAGAGUACCUACCAAAUAAAAAUUACGUAAAAACCUGGUAAAAUUAAAAUGUCUAUCAAAAAUGGCUUAAAUGUUUUGAAAAUUUUACCAUGUCUAGAAGAAAAAUAAUAUUAGGUCUCUGUCGAAAUUUCAAGUUUCUACGAAUAUUUUUAACUGAAUUAAAUUUAAAAAAACUAAAUUUAAAAUAAUAAAAGCAUUUAUUUUCGUAAAUUUUCCUAUGCUUUCUACGUAUUUUUCGGUUUCGUUCAAUUAUUAAAAUAAACUACAGAUAAAAUGAAAAAACGAUUUUCCUAAUCACCAACUGUAUGAAAAAUUCAACAACAAAGGUUUGUUGUUUUUCUGUUGGAGCAAUAUUUAUGAUAGAAAACAAAAUUUUAAACAAAUUUAAAAAAUCGUAUUUCUCGUCUUUUUUUGGCUGUAUAUUAAAAGGAACAAAAUCAAUCACUUGUCAUUUUUCGGUUGGAGCAAUAUUUCUGUUUAGAAAAAACGGCGAACAAAAGUUAAAAUAAUCAAACAGGGACGCCAAGUUGCGUUUAUUCGAUAUCGGAUAUAUUAUUUGUGUGUACUCAAUUAAGGGUAAAAAUAUUUCGUAAAAUCAUUUAAAUGUCUCGCCGAAAAAUUGUUAAUAUUUAACCAAAAUAUAUCUCCCUCCUGUCUGUUCCUCGUCUUCCUCAGUCAAAAAAUGAAAAAAUGACAACGCGGGGAAACUUGGGGAAAUACUUGGAACAGCUAUGUGAAAAAAAUCGCAAAAAUGUUUAAUAACGUCGUCAGAAACUUGGUACUUAGAAAAGGCCUGUUCUUUUGUAUUUUGUAUUAAAUUAAAUUAAUUACGACUCAAAUUAUUUAUUUACGCCAUUUGUUUACAUCGACAAUAACAGGUAAUAAUAGAAUUAAUAUCAACGCAAUAUUCUGAGAAUGUUACUUCCAAAAUACCAUUUAUUUACUGACAAGUUAAUUAUAGUUUAGACGGAUACAUGAGAAAUCAUGCAUUGCUGCAGUAUGGAUAGGUGUACACCCCACCGACCGCUGACAGCCGUCGAAUAUUUGGAACUGGCGGCCGGUGUUUCUACAGCGUCGCUUAUCUGUCUAUUACAAAACCAAUGGUAUUACCCACCAAAAUUAUUUUUUGUUCCUCCAUAAUAUUAUGUCUCAACGCUAAUAUUCAUUUAAAAUUUAAUUUUUAUAAUUGCAAUUUUAUUAAAAUCGUCUAUGUUAUCCAGAAUCUAGUUCGAAAUUUAUCAUAAAUAUGCUUAAUGAUGUCCCAUGGGGAAAAUUCCCGAGAAAAAUUACCUUCCCGGGAAUGUUCUUCAAAACCACUUUUCCGUUUUUCAUCUAAAUUAAAUUAUUGUCACAUGUUAAGAAAACGUUAUACCCACGUCUAAUGCCUCAGUCCAACUACAGGGUAACAUGUAGUAAAAGCACCUUUUAUGAAAUAUAUAGAGAACAAUAUUUUGGUGGGAAAGCAAUAAGGCAGAGGUUCCUAAAAUUUUUAUGGCGAGACCCAUUUUGGAAAUAAUUUAAAUUUUAGCGACCCACAAUAAUAUCGAUGACCCUUUUUUGGGUCCAUUUUUCAUUUCUGGACGAUUUGUGAAAUUUAUUCAGUCGCAAACUCUAGUUUCCAAUUCACUGGUAAAAUAUUUGUUCAUAGAAAAAAUAAAGCCGUAGUAUUUUUUUUAACUAAAACCUAUAUUUCGUACAUUUUCCCGUUGUUCAUCAGUUUUUUUUUCCAUUUUUACUACAUAUUGAGAAAACUCAUGGGAACAUCAAAAAUUACUUUUUAGAAGUACCAUCCCAGUCCGAUUUAUUUUCAGAAAAAGUGCCACACUUAUAAAUCGGAGUAAGAUAUCUAGUAGAAAAGUUGUUCACGGAUAGAAAAAAUAAAUAAGUAAACAUCAUUGUAAAACCAUUACAUUCUUCGCUCCACUCAAAAUCUAAAAAAAUGAUUAUUUAAAAAUAUGACCCACAUUUUGAGACCCUAUGACAGGGUUUUUCUAUUAUUCAAAAUUUACAGCUUGAUAUAAAAAACACAAAAACCUUUAUUUUUUAUUUUUUAAAUAACUAUAACUUUUUUAAUAGUUCAUAAUUCAAAAACCACCAAUGACAUGCCCUCAAAAAUAUUGUUCUCUAUAAAUUGCAUUAUAGGUACUUUUACUCUAAAAUCAAAAUAAUUAAGCUAGUUUUACUUAUUCUGCGUAAGUAUUAUAAGGUUAGGUAGAUGGGGGUAUAACGUUCUCUUAAAUUGUAUCAUUUUAGAAGACCAUAUUAAACAUUAUUCGUCGAUUAAUCUUAUUCUGACAAUGAAAAAUGGACAAAUGUUUUCCAUCUGUCAAAUAACUUGCAUUAUCUGAGGGAUAAAUAUCAUUGAAAAACUGGGCCCUAGUAUAAUUUAUUUUAAUUUUAAACAAGUCAAAAGACUCUUUGGAAAAUAAUACAGUAGGUAAUUAUAAGUAUUAAUUUAAGCACUGUUAAAAGAAACAAUAAUUGAAGUAUGAACAAAAGAAAAAAUAAUACAAAACAGACCAAUAUAGCCAUAUAGUAUCAAAAAAAAAAAAAAGUAAAGAAAAAACAAUUUUAAAUUUAAUUUCAAAUUUGUACUACCUAUGUUAAAACUUAAAUUUGUUUAAAAAAAUCACGUGACAUAAAGAAAAAUCUAUGUGAUAGGCAAAAGAACUCUAGGGAAAAGAAACAGUAUAUUAGUUUGUUAAAAAUAGAUUGGAAAUAAAUAACAAACUAUUAUUUUUACAUUACAGUGUCCGAUUAUACAAACAGAUUACACAAGUAAUUUGUAUGUAGUUUAAAAUGAUGAAAAAGGCUAGAUUUUUAUAUUUUAAUGGUAGUGAAAACUUUGUAAUUUUUUUUAUAUGAUAAAGAAUGCGACUAAAAUGAAAUUAUUUAACCUUUAAUCUUUCAUUUUAAUUAAUUUGUGUAUAUUUAAAUGUACACAUAAUGACAAAACUCACAACUUCACAAUUACACAAGAUGGACAUAUUAUAUGAUAUUUAUAUGAAUAAUAUGAUAUUCAGUAUGAAUCUUAUAAGAGUAAAUUAAAUAAAUAUUUCAAUUUUUUGCUAUUUCGAAGCGUCGUGUCAUUAUGUGUAGUCAGAAAGUUAGAUACUUUCGUCAUUUAAGGGCAAUUCUCGGGAACUUUUCCAGGUUUUUCUUGGUUUUUUUCAUAGUUAUUUAAACAAUUGUAUAUGUUUAAUCACUAUAAUAUAAUAUUACUCACAAUGACAGAAGCAGAUUGAUUCAUUAUUUUGGGCAUGGGUUCACAUUUCACUUUUAAAUUUUGAUACAUCGGAACUUCCAAUUGAUUACCAAAAAUAACAUCCAUUAUUGCUUGUCGGAUAUGUGACCGCUUUGAAAAGAAAAACAUUAUGUUUACUUAAAGAAAACCCUUUAAACUGAUAUCAAAUUCGUACCUGUACUUCAGUAAAACUAAGGACAUGAUCUAAUAAUAGUUUUCUCAUUUCAGGACACUGGCAUAAGACAUCGUCUAGUUGUUUGGGUGGCAGUUGUAGUAAAACUUGAAAACUAUUAGGUUUGGUUUUCUGACAGCACUUUACGAAUCCCUCCCAUUGUGUUUUUUGAUGCCAUACUUUUUUUAGUAUAAGCCUUUGCAAUAUGUUCAUUAUAAAACCAAUCAAUUGUGGAUAAGUUGUCAGAGAUUGUAUAACCGUACGCAUCAAUAACGUUGGCAAUGGAUUUACAUCCAUUAGAUUUUGCAUAACAAUUGCUAAAACCUCUUGUGUGAAUACUGAUUUUUCAGCAAAACACAAUGAUGUAGCUAUGGGAAUAAAUUAUAAUUGUAUACUUACAAUAAAAAUACAAAACACAUAAUUUUCCUUUAAUUAUUAUUACUAUUAAAACUAUUGUACCUUUAAUAAUAUAUUUUAGAUCAUUAGGAUCUGAAUCCAUUGUGUGUAAAGCAAUCAAUAGUUCAGCUGGACUCACGGGAGGAUUUGUAUUUGAGCUUGAAUAGUUUAUCCCUAAUAUUCGGUUGAAAAUCUGAUGAGGUUACAAAUAAAUAUGUAAUACAAAAUUAGGUGAUAUAACAAAAUUCAUUAUUAAGACAAACAUACCUCUUUCACUACAUUAGGAUUAAGUUUAAUUAGUUGAGGCAAAGCGUUUAAAAUAUAUUUCUUAUCCAAGCCAGGUAAUAUGGGUACUAGGAAACGCACUUCAACUAUCUGUUUGUCAUAUAAUUUUUUCACUCUUGAUAUUAAUUCAAUUGAUGGAGUUUCUAAGUAACAAAAACAAAAUAAUAUAAUACACAUAUAAUAUUAGUGAAAUAAUUCAAAUUAAAUGUUCUAAUAGAAAACAUGAUAAGUGUAUUUAUUUGAUGUCAAGCUGAUUUUAUAGUAUAAUUAGUCCUGUUACAAUAGAUUCUAAGUUAACAUUUUGGAAAUUCCUAUUUUAUAAUACAGGAAUUCAAAAAUUAGGCCAUUUUCAUAUUAAUAUAGAAUAUUUUAAGAGAUUUUAUAGGUGAGAAAAUUUUGAUUUACUGGAGGUUUUGAAUCAACUCAGUAUUGGUUUUUAUCUUUAAACAUUAUAAUUAUUCAUCAUAGUUUUAUAAUCUAAAUGUUAAAGUAAAGAUACAGUAACUCCAAAAUGUGUAUUAUCCAGUAUGCAAAUGGUUUCUAAAUUUUUUUUUUAUAAUUCUUACAAAAUUUUAAGUCUAUAAAUGUCUAAAUGUUUUUAUUCAACAUUUGUUUGAAUAUAGCUUUAAAAUAAAAUACAUUAUUAACCUGCUUAAAUUGAAUAAACUUAGACCAUAUUAUUUUUUAGAAAAAAACACAUCAUUGUAAAGCUCCCUUUUUCUGCUUAAAUUUUAAAAUAAGAAAUUAUUAAGUGUAUACAGAUCACUUAUAUUAUUGUUUUUAUUUAAAUAAAAUUACCUUUCAUACAGCACAGCACUUUUCAGGGGUGCUAAGAAAUAUAACAGUUAAUAUAUUAUUAAAAAAUUGAUAAUUUUUGUUUAAUUUACAUUACAAAUAAUAAUGUAAACCUAAUAUUCCAUAUAAAGAAAUUAAUUGACAUAAAUAUACUACUUUUAAUCUUGAUUACAUCCCUACUUGUAUGACAGUAAAUAAUGUAUGUAAAUACUACAGAAUUUUCCACAGAAAAAAAAAAACAUAAUAUCAAUGAACAUACAAAUAAUAAAGAAAUAAAUGAAACACAUAAUUAUGUAGACAAUUUAUUUUUGAGAUUCUUUAAUCGAUCUAUUUGAUUUAAUAUGAUACAUAUAAUAUUAUAAUAAACAUAGUUAUAGACAAUUUAAAAGUGUUCAUAUUUAAAACUUUUGAGUGUUAAGCUAGAGUCAGGAUUUGUAAGCAAAACAUAUUUUAAUGGAUGUAUACUGUUUGAUGGUAGUGAGAAAUGUUUAUGUUUCAUAUUCAUAGUAGGGUUAUAUCUGAAUAUACCUUUGACUCACCAAUAUUAAAAAUGGAAAUAAUAUGUAUGAUUAUUAUGACACAGAUAAGUAUACUGAUGUAGGGGCUAAAUCUUACUACUUUAGUUAACGGUUAAUUUUUUGUUUUGUGAUGAAGAUUAAUUGUUAAAUUUUUUUCUUACAUAUAAACAUCACAUUUCAAAUAUUUUAACAGAAUAUUAGUCUAGAUUCCAGUUAUAACUGACAAUAUUUACUGUUAUAAGCUAUAUGGCUUAAUAGUAGUUAAUACCUGAAACUUAAUUUUAAUUACACAUAUUCCAUGUAAUUCUGAAUUUAUGAUUAUUAUUUCAGAUUUGUAUUAUUGAAACAUAUUUUAGUGUCUGAUAGGAGGAAGAGGCAAUUAAAUAUUAAAUGAAGCAUUUUAAUAUAACUUAUUGUAUUUUUAAAUAUUAUAUAAAAUUAAAUUUAAAAUUAUUUAUUUGUUGGAUUAAAUGGCUACCCAUUAAAUUUUGGUUUCCAUUACUUUUUUCUUCUUAGUUGACAGCUUUCAAGACUAAACUGGCAAACACAAGCCAUGCCAUCUUAUCCUAUCCUCCACUAGGACUCGCCAAUCAUCAUCCGGUUCAACCAGCUCCACAUCUUUCGACACCUGGUCUUCCCACCUCAAUCUUGAUCAAUCAAUUGGUCAUACACUUUCUGGAGAGCCUCAUAGUACUUUAUGUAUAGCGGCUCUUUCCUUCUACCAUGCAUGACCAGCCCAAAAAAGCCGCAUCUUUCUUAUAUCGUCAACUAUGUUUGGUUUUUGAUAUAGUUCCCUGAUCUCCACAUUAUGUCUGAUUCUCCCUUCUCCUGUAUUUCUGGCUAUGCAAAGGCCAAAAAUCGACCUCAGAAUUUUUCGUUCAAAUACUAAAGGGUUAUUUUGUUGUAUCUUAUGCAUCAUCCAAGUUUUGCAUCUGUACAUCACCACGGGCCAAAUAAGAGUUCUAUACAGUUGAACCUUUAAGCUCCUAGACAACAUUUUUGACUUAAACAGCUUAUUCAAUCCAAAAUAGCAUCUAUUGCUGCUCUCCUGUAUUAUUGAUUUUAUUUCCUCUUAUAUUUCAUCUGAAUUACAGUCCGUUCCUCUUGCACUUCUUACGUCUAUAACUGUAUUUUUCAAUCUUAAGUUUACCAACACACAAUCUAGUUGAUUGACAUAUCAUCCCUUAAAUUGAAAAAAAAAAAUAAAUAAUGAAUUUGAUUGAUUCUAGAGAACAGUAUCAUUAUUUCCGUAGCAUGGAUUUUUCUGGGCAAAACGAAAUGCACCAGGCACCUUAACGUAUAACACUCGUUAUUUCACAUAAAUUUGUUUUCGAUAAUUUAAGAAACAUGCAGUUAGAACUGCAUGUUACAUUGCCAUUAUUAAUUGUCACGCUUAUUUUUGGAGACAAUGACUUAUUUUGUAAAUUAUUUUAUUAUUAAAUAAAUUAUUAUAUAAAAUAUUAAUUAAAUACCCAUCACUAUAGACAGCACACAAGAAACAUUAUUGCUAUUUUUUAUUUCUAUUAAAUGAUACUAUAAUAUAAAUAUGUAUACUAUUAAUUAUGAGUUACAAUACUGUUGGCAAUAAUCAUACAAAUACAUUCAAUAUAAGUAAAUAUAAUAAACACAAAAUAUUAUUACUUGUAAAAUCAACAUUUACACAAUGCAAAACACGUAAUUUGUUUAUAUAAUAUAUUGGACAUAAAAAGAAAUUGUAACCUAUUAUUUACAAGUACACAAAACAAAAAUAUUUUAUGGUUAUAUAUUCAAAUUUAAAAGUAUAUGUUGUAAAAGGAACUAAGUAGAUAAAUAUAGACCAACCAUAAUUCAUAAUAAACGAAUAGUUAGCAUAUUACAUGUAUUUUAAAAUUAAUAUUUAAAAAUUCAUAGUUUAUCAAUAAAUCUAUUCUAAACCAAUUUAGACACAAUAUUAUAGUAGUUUUGAAAUUGUUUACAAAAAUAUAAGCGAUACAUUUUAGUGAAUCUAUAUCUACAUAUAAUACAAUUUAAAAGUCUGUCUGUUUGGUAAUCCAGAAAAAAGUUAAACUAAAUAAAUGGGACUCUCACUGCAAGGUAGGUUUUCAAGCACAAUUUCGACUUCUAUCCCAGAGUUCAACACGGUGAAUACUUUAUUUUUAAUCUUAUAAUUCGCAAAUUGAUAUUCUUUUUUAUUAUUAUUUAUGGGUUAACCUGAUGGCACAUAUUAUUCAUAUCUAAUUUGGUUAUCACAGGUAAGAUCCCCCUUUUAAAAUAGACUACAUACUAUGAGUACUAUAAUAAUAGUACUCACAAAACGAAAAUUAUAUUUAAACUGUUCAGUAGUUUCCUUAUGGGAAGAUUUUUGAAAUAGAUAGUAUAUUUUCAUUCAUGUUGUACAUGGGCAAGGCUGUGCAGAACAGCUAGUAAAUAAUAUUUGAUUGAAAAUAAAACAUUACAAUAUGAAAAAAAAAUUAGUUUAAUAGUAAUAUAGGUACUAAUAAAAAACAUGACUAUAAAAUAUAAACAUUUUCCUAUUAAGAAAAAUCAUAAUAUUAUAAUCAUUUACUAAUAUUUCCAAAAUAAAUACACUUUGAUAGGAAUAAAUAUUAUAACAUAAUAGUAAUUUUGGCGAAUGAUUAAUUUAAUAUAUACAAUAAUGUUGGUUUAUAAUAUAAAGAAAGAUCAUUUUUUUUUUACUACUUUGUUCGCUUGCUUAGCACUUCGCUUCUGUGCUUUACUUUUCGGUUUAGAUUUAGUUGCUUUAUAUGGAACAUCGGAUAUUGGAUAUCUUUCUGAGUGUGAUAAAAUACUUGUAUUUAUCAAGUAAUCUGGACCAAUAUAUUCUAUAUACUCGAAUAAAUUGCUUGGAACCCUCAUAAUAAAUUUUAAGCAUUCUAUUGGUACUAAUCUUUUAUCAACAUUGAUAUGCCUAUAAUCGUUGGGCUUAAAACAUGAGUAAUUAAUGACUUUAUUGUCUACUUUAGGUGCCAACCAUAUGACUUUGGCGCGUUUUUCACAAAAAGCAUUUUGAUAUAGUUCAAUAAUUUGUACAAAAGCAUUUUUUUUCGGUUCACCCACUAAUGCAAUGUCACCAACAGUCCAAAGUCUACUGUGGAAUUGUAAUUGAGAGGUCUUGCGUAAAGUGUAUGGACAGUCGAACGUGAUACUUUCAGGCGGACUUUCUGGUUUUUUAGUUUUUAAACAUUCCUCAGGUUGUUGAGCUACAAUUAAUGCUUCAGGGGAAACUUUUGGGUUGGGCGGAUUCAUCACACCAGAUUAUACAAUUAAAUAAUAUGAAUGUAAUGCGUGAUUGAUAAUUAUUAAUUAAGAAAAUUAAUUCACUUCACUUUAAAAUUAUUUAGUAAGUAAACUGGGCAAUCUAUUUAAAAAUAACUAAUAAGUAGAGUAAAAAGUUAAAAAUGUAUUAAACAAUUAUUAUAAAUUAAAUAAUGAUAACAGCGUAUACAUUUUUUAAAACGCCACUAGGUGAUGCUUACUAGGACCUAGUAGGCCAUUUUAAAAUCACACAUAUUUUUGGGUGAUAAGCAAGGGAUACCAUAGAUAAUAGAAGAAUUAUCUAUAGGUGAUAGUGUGAUACACGGUCAUAUAUAUAUAUAUGUAUAACAAUAUAUUUUUUCAUAUUUUUAUAUAUCUGUAUACAUAUUGCUCCAUGAGUGGUCAGUAUAUAAAUUACAAUAUCGCGUGGUAUAAAAAGAUAAUAUUUACGAUAUAUAUAUAUUACCUGUAAAUCAUACGGUUAUAACUCUAUGCCAUGAACUAUGAACAGAAAAACUAUAGAACAAUUUACAACGUAUACUAUAUAGUUCAGAAAAACACCACUAACAUCGUUGCGGUUCGUGGAUACCACUCGCAAGUAUUUUCCGUCGAAAAACCGCACCAUUACCACCCGCCUGCCAUGUCAUUAUCAGUCCAUAUAUCGAUUAAAAAUAAUAUAUGAUAAAUCUAAAGGUAUAUCCAUAGAUAUAUGGAAUUUUUUUAAAAUUGUUUUAUAUAUCUAAGGGUAUAUCUUUAACUGUGGUUCAUGAUAUUCAAUAUGAUUGAAAAUAGUCCAGCUAUUUAUCUAUCCAAGAUAGAAUAGUGAUAGUGUCUUAUGAAUGCAUAGAUAAUAAAGAAAUACCUUUUUCUCUUUAUUUAUUAAAUAUUUGUAUACUUAUUAGCUAAACCUAUCUUCAUUAUUUAUGGGUGAAUGUUUCCCCAAAAAUCGUAUUUAAUGAUGGCACAAUCUAGAAAAUGACUGUAGUAUAAUUAAUUAUUAAUUCUUCUAGUUAUCAAUUACGAUCACUAGGAUGACACUAUACCACAAAUUAAGAUAUACCUAAAUAUAUCAGUAGAAAUAACUUUGUUCUAGUAGUUUUAAUAUUAAAACUAAUUAACCUAUGAGUUAUUAAACUUAAAUGUAAAAAUUAUUUGUAUUUUGUCUUCAGUUUUUUUCCUGAUAUUUUAAUUUUUAAACAAAAUGUGUGUAAAAUAUCAUGGUUUAAAAUCUUACACCAAAUUUAACCAAUUUUAAACAUAAUUUAGGUCAGUUAUAGAUUUUAUUGGUAAACAUUAUUGAAAUAAACUGAUAUUUUUACACCCAUAUAAUAAAUUGUUUAUAUUAGAUUAUCAAUAAUAUGCUAAUGGCGAUAAGUUAUUACUAUAUAAGAGAAUCAAGGGAGCCACAAAUUACAAUGACGUAUUUCUUAAAAAAUUGUUUGGUGCUUAAACCCAAUAAAAAUGCUGUAUUCAGUAAUUUUAAACAAUUUUAAUUCCAAAAAAACUGUACUUCUAUGUAAAUUGUACAUUUUUUUGUACUUUUAAUUAAAUUCAAAUAUUUAGAGUAAUGUUUUUUCAGCUAAGAAAGGGUUUUCUUUUUUCAAGAGAGGGUUUUCUCACAAAAUGCUAAAAUAUGUAGAUAUUUUAAAAAUAAUUUAAUAAAAACUAGCAAUUUACCUUUUUCAGUUAAAAUAUGCAAUAUUCUGAUUAUCAUUGCUUCAGCACCUUUUGGUAAGUCUUCAAGAAGUCUAAAUAUUUCAGCUGAAUUCAUUGGUAUGUUUUGAAGAGGCUGUGGUAAAAGUUUUAUAAUUGUACGCUUGACUUCUCCUUGAGUGUAAGUAAAUACAGUUGCCAACCUAGUAGAUAAUUAAAAUAUAUUACUAUUAAUAAUUAAAUUAAAUAUUAAGUAUACUAUAUUAAGGAUAUUACUCAUGAAUUAGUUCAUAGUUGUACGGCAUUAACAUGAAAUAUAAGUAUAAACAAGCUGUAAUUGAAUCUUCAUCCCAAAUUUCAGAUUUUGGUAAUCGACCGGUUCCCUUUCCAAAAAGCACCUCAGGCGGUAUUUGCAAUCUUAAAAAUCCCAAAUAAAAUGUAGCAUAUUCUUCAAUAAUAUUUUUCAGGUCUUUGUAAUCGUAUAAUUUACUGAUAAAAUUCAAUGCCACCUCUCGAAGCUAAAAAUAUUUUAUUAUAUAAAUAUAAUAACCUAAAAGAAGAUACUACAAUGAUCUUAUCAAACAAUGUUGAUUAAAUUUUGCAACUAAGGUGGAUUAUUAACUAAAAUUUAGUUAGUUCAGUUAAAAUAAACAAUUAAAAGCAUAAUAUAUUUCAUAUUCAGAAGAAGACACAAUCCAUAAUUUUACUAUAGAAACUUAAAUACAAACAUGUUAAAUGAUCAAUACUGUGUGAAAUGGACCAAAGUUAAAAUCAUAAUUAUAUUUAUACAUCAAAUAAGAUUAUUGAAAAGCAAGGGCACAUUUAGAAUUUUAAAAAAUUAUUAUUUUGUAUUAAUUGGUAAGAGAAUUGAAAGUAUAAUCAACUGAAACAAAACGAGUUGAUACUGUUCAUGGGUGCGCCACUAUUGUAGAUAGGAAGUUAAGAUGCAUAAAUUUAAUUUGUCUGUAAGCAACGAUAAACCAUUACUGACGAAAUAAGAUUUUGAACUUCGUUCAGAUAUACACAUUAUGAAAUCAUUUAACUUUUAGAAUAAUAUUACUCAUAUUUUUACAAAAAAAAUUAUGUACCUGUGUAUAUACACUUUAAUAGUUUUUUCGGUUUUUUUUUUUUUCAUUAAUUCAGCUAAUGGGGACAGUUGGAUAAUAGGAAUAAAUAGGUUACUGCCCGAUGUUUUCCCCUUAAGCAGAUUCUACCGUAUUGAAAAUCUAGUUUUAACUUGUAUUAGAACUCUUAAAUGAACAUAUGUUGUGCAUGUGAGAACUAGUGUGUCUUUUUAUUCUGAAUUGAGUAUGGGUAGCAAUAUAUUAUAAUUUGGUGGACCAAUAUACAUGUUACAGUUAUCAGUUAACUAUUUAUAUUUUUGUAAAUUUUAGAAUUAUGCAUGUCAGGAAAUGAAUCUAUUUUUAAUUGAAUAAUAAUAGUACAAAUAUGAUUCUUAAAUGACUCUAUCACUGAAAAAUUCAAAAUCAAAUUUUAAAUAUUUCCUGAUACAAGAUGAAAAAUGAAUCUCAUGACCUAUUAGAUAAAAAUACUUAAGAAUAUAUAAGUAUAAACAUAUUUAAAAGAUAAAAAUUAAAACGAAAUUAUAAUUUCUGUAAAUUUUAUGUUCAUAAAUAUAAUAAAAAAUAUAAUGAAAAAAAAUAUAUACAUAAUAAAUUUGACCAAAGUAGUAUUUUUAAUGAAUUUUAACUUUUUGUUUUAAACUAAUUUAUUGAUGUUAAAAAUAUGUUCAAUACUUUAAUAGAAAAUUAAUUUUUUCCAAGCAUAGCAUAUUAUUGAAUAUUAAGUUCUAUUUUUAAUUACUUGUUCAUUCUUAUGUGAAGUGAAGAAAAGAAGUGCAUUCAAGUAUAAUAAAUGUCUUGGAGGUCGUUUAGUAACCAAUUCAUUGAGGAUGGUAAGUCCGAAUGGAAGAUCAGGACUUAUUUCUUUCAGAAUUUCAACAGCAUCAUCAGUAAUAAAUGGACUCUCAAAAUAAAGAGUAGUCAAAACACUAUACAAAUUUUAUAUUUUUCAAUAUUAAUUUCAUUGAGCAAACUAAAUAAUAUAAUAUAAAUAAAAUUUACUCUUCUUUUUCUUUGAGAUCUUCAAUACCCAAAGCAGCUCUAAUUAGUGAGCAUAAAACAGUAUUAUAAUUUUGUUCUGAAGAUAGAGUAUUCCUGAAUGCAGUUGGUAGUUUAAUAAAACCUUGAGUGACACUGUAUUCUUCAUACAACCAUGAUAAGCACAAAUCCAUAUUAUUGACCAUAUCCAGAUUUAUAUAAUCGAGUAUAGCUUCAAAAAAACAAAUAAACAUAAAUUCUAUUUAUUUUAAAAAUGUAUUUAUAUUAUAACUUACUAUUACGAUAAUCAUCACCACACAUUACAGCUAUUUUAGUUAUAGCUUUUGUGUGUACUUCUUUAAAUUGUUUAGACAAAACAAUUUUACUAGUAUCUAAGAUUCUAAGUAAAGCAUCAAGAGAUAAUUCUUCGGCUUCAGUAGGAUCAAUUAAACAGUUUUCCAAAUUUAGUUCGGCUGGCUGAUUUAGAAGCAUGUCAUCAUCUUCCAUUUUUAUAAUUUCUUCGUUUUUUUCAUCUAUAAAUUCAUAGUCUUCUUUUUUUAUAUACUGUAGACCAGGAAUAACAACAUCUGAGCAACAUAGUUGAGUAGCUAACAAUUUAGCAACAUGUUGUAUAUGGUUAUCAGUACCAGCUGCAGCAAUAGGAGAGUAAUUAGCGCUAAACGCUAAAGGCAUUUUAGAUGGUAAUUUCGGCUAAAAAUUAAAGUAUUUAACAUUUUAUAAAAUAAUUAUAUAAUAUAAUAAAAAUAUUAUUUUUGUUCUAAAAAAACAUUAAAAAAAAAAUUAUAUAUAUUAUAAUAAACUCACCAUGAAUAACAUAACUAAGUUUGUAAUAGACUCUGGAGUGAAUUUUUCAAGAAUCCACGCCUUAACAAUAUUAAUAUUAGGAUCUUGGAAUAUAAUACCUUCAGUACAUCUUUUUUUUUCUGGUAUAUCUUCUUUGUCUAACUUUUUAUCAUCUUUAUCUUCAUUUUUACGUUUUAAAGAUCGUAGUAACUUUUUACUAUCGUCAUUUUUCGAGAGUACCUGGAGUGCUUUCAUAAUCUAAAAAGAAAUUACAAUAAUUUUUUAUACAUUCAAAGAUAUUAUAGAUAUUUUAUAUUUAUAUUUGCAUAAUUACUUCUUGAUUAGAAGCACCAAUAUCCAAUAAUAAUCUUCCAAUAGUUUGUUGGUAUUCUGUUGAAGAAGGGAGACGUAAUAAUUGCAAUAAUUGCAUUUUUAGAUUCUUUAGAACACUAUUUUUUUGACUUUGUUUCAAAGAAUUAGGUAAAUUUUCUAAUAAAAAUAUAUACAUAUUGUUAAAUAUAAGUAUAUUAAAAUAAUAUAUUUAAAUGCUAUUAAACAAUUUUGUUUACAGUAAUUGGUAGUAUGUAUUUAGUGUGUAAUAAAGGCCACAAAAAAACAACAUAUUUAAAUUUUUGUUUGGUAUAGUUACAUAAUAAAAUAUAUAAUUGAUAAAUAACUCAUAUUUCUGAAUAAAUUACAAAGACAAUAUUAUUAAUCCAUCAGCACUCAAACACAGAUUAUAGAGAAAUUGUAGAAGUUAGUGAAAAUACAAAACCAAAGACUGGAACUUAUGAGAUAUUAAUUGAAGCAAAACCACAAAGGAAGCCAGAUUUAACCAUAUAAAUGUGAAAAAACAUUGAGAGUUUCACAACCUGUCUAAAGAUUUAAUGAAGAAAAAUUUGACAUAAUAUAUACACACCUAUUUACAUGCAUAUAACAUACACAUACAUGUAACACAAUGUUGAUAUAACAUACAUACACAUAUAUACUAAUAUACAUGAACAACUCAUGUACUUAAAAUUUUUAAUAAAUAUUAUCUCAUUUUUUUAAUAUUUAUUUAUAAAUUAUAAUAUUAAUUUAUACUAAAUAAAAAUUCAAUCUUUUUUAUAGGAAAUACAACACUUACAAUAUAAAAAUACUUACUAGUUAAAGUUUCAAAUGAAGUUAGAACUUUUUCAAUGAAUGGCACCCGCCAUUUUGCAAUUAAUGACAAUGAAUUCAUACAUGUUAUUAAAUUUGCACAACCUACAUUACCAGAACUGCAAAAUCUUGAUAGAAGAUCAAAUAACACUCUAUAAUUUAAAAGAAAUGUCAUGAUACGUAUACAUUUAUUUUUACCUAUAAAUACCUAGCUUCAUCUUCAAGUCGCCUACGACGUGUCACUUUAAGAGUCAAAGGUAUAUCCUCAAGUGACAUAUCAUUAUCAUGAUAUAAUCCACCUUCACCUUUAUAUGUUUGUACAAGAAUAACUGUUUCCAAAAAUUUAAUUACUUGAGUUCGAAUACUACAAAAAAAAAAAAAAAAAUAAUAUAAAUCAUUUAAUAUAGAGAAAAAUUUUAAUUGGUGAUUACCCUCCAUUGUCAUUAUCAAUCAUGUUAAUUACAUAAGAUUUCAAAUUGGAUAGGUCUUGCCAUACAUUGGAGAUAUCAGAACUGGGUAAAUCAGUCAUUGAUAUCCAUUUCAAGCCAGCUCUGUAAACAUAGCAAGCUGCUUGUACCACUCUUUUUAGAACAAUAGGUGAUCGAUCUGUUAGCAGCAUCAAUAAAUUUGGCAAAGUGAUACAUACAUUUGAUUUAUCUUUAUUGCUAAAAAAUAACAAAAAAAUAAAAUAUCUUUAAAAAUAAUACUAAAUGAAUCAAAUUACCAGCAUUCUUCAAUAAACACUACAAUAAAUUUUCUUAUCAUUGUCUUAUGAUCAUGUUGGUAUGCAAUUACAUCAGUAAUAAAUUGAGUCAACAACUUUGGUUCUUGAUACAAUAGUACUUCCUUAACUUUGUAUAGCAAAUCAAGCUUAGUGUUCUCAUCAGGAGUCACAGCAGCUUCAUUUAAAAGUGCAGUCACCUGAAGAAAAUUAAAAUAUACACAAUGAGGAAUAAUCAAUUUUAAACUUAAAAAUUAUUAUCAUCUAUUAACCUGCUCAGAAGUACUUUGAUUUUGGUCUGCACGCAUAUUUUUUUUAAAUUUUACCUAUCUGAUAUAUCCAAACUAAAAACAUAAACUUUUCAUAAAGGGCAUGAAUCAAUUACGAAUAUAUUACUGAAAUUAACAGAAGUAAUAUGGAUGUAAUUGAUACAAUGAUUCAAAAAUAUUCCUAGGUAGAACUUAAUAAUCAUUGAAUUCAAACAGUAGCCAGUAAGUUAUAAGCAAGGUUCAAGUACCUAUAUAAAAUUAAAAGAAAAAAACAAUUUACGUUGAUAGGGGGGCAUGGUUACCGUUAUCAAUUGAUAAAGCUAACAGUCACGUGACUUGUACAACUAAUGAACAUCACAGUAUAUAUGUAUAUAUUAUUUUUUUUUUUAACAUUGGUAUAAUUAUUUAUCACUUAAUUUUAUUUUUAUCAAUCAAUCACAAGCUGCUAUGAAAGAAUAACAAUAGGCAAUUCAAAAAAUAAAAGUACAAAUAUAUUUAUUAAUAUAGUAAAAUAAUAAAAUAGGUAGAUAGAUACCUAAUAUAGAAAAAUAUUUUAUGAAUAUAAAAAUUUGUAAUUCUCAAUACUUUUUUCUAAAAAUUUCAAGUCUUCAACGGCACAACGUUUGUUUGGGGGCAAUGUGCACUGUCGAAUACAUCCUAAGCCUUAUGUGGAACAUGCACAAACCAAAUGGCUAUUAAAGAAACACAUGGACAUCACAGACCAAAAUUUGUGGAAGAAAUCGAUUAUGAUGAAAUUGAAAAGCUCGAAGUAUAUAUUUUUAUAUAUACCUAUGUACUCAUAUAAACAUAAUGUUGUUUUUAAUACUAACAGUGUGUUUAUUUUAUCUUAUAGAUUGUAGGCAAAGGUUCGUUUGGUGUUGUUUAUCGUGGACGAUGGCGUAACAACUAUGUGGCUGUCAAGCAUAUUGAUACUGAAGCUGAGCGCAAAGCCUUUACAAUUGAAGUUCGACAAUUAUCACGAGUAAAUCAUCCCAAUAUUGUCAAAUUGUAUGGCGCGUGUACAUCAAAUCCUGUAUGUCUAGUAAUGGAAUUUGCCGAAGGAGGAUCAUUAUAUAAUGGUUUGAUUAUUAUAAUGUGUUGUUAAAAAAAUUGGUUUUUAAAAUUACCUAUCUAUUAUCAUAAAGAUAGGUAAAAUAAUACCUUAAAAUUGGUUUAUAAAAUGAUUAUUAUCCCUAUCUUAUUCUCUGCAAUUAAACUUUUUUAAAUAUUUAAUUAAAAAUGUCCUUAUGUAGUAAAAGGAAAUGAAAAUUAUGGUCUAUAUAAUCUUUACAUAACAUGUGUUUAAAAUUUAUUUUGUUAUAGGUAUUAAAAAAACUUUGCGAUGGUUUUUCAAAUAUUCACCAAUAUUGUAAAAAUUGAGUAUUGUUUUUAAAUUUCAAUGUCCACCAUAACAAUAAUACAUUUCCAUUAGCCCAAUUCACUUCUAAGGGGAAAGAAUACUUCUGUUUUAUACUGAAAAGUCUGAAAAAACUGUAAAAAUCACAUUUGACUGAUUUAAAUUUUGACAAUGUAUUAUAAUUCUUGAGAUUAUUAUAUGAUGUAAUUAUUUUUUCAUUUUAAUUCUGUUUACGAUUAAUAACUAACUUAUUCAAUCUUUAGUCAUUAAAAAUGUUCAAAAAUACAAUUCAUUUUUUUAUGAUUCCUAGUAAAAUAAUUUAAUUUCUACUUCCUACAUAUCCUUGUAAAAAACUUAAAGAAUUAUAAUUCAUUUUCAAAAUUUAAAUCUGUCAAACAAAAUUCCUAUAGUUUUGUCUGGUUUUUAAGUAUAAAUUGACUAAAAUAAAUAACUAAUCCUUAUUUGUUUGGAAUAUUAAUUUAACUAUAACAAUAUGUGUAUAUCUUGUAUUCAUAUUUAUAUAUAGAAUAUAGUUUUCUAAAAUAUUUUGAAUCAAGAAUGGAAUAUUUUUUUCCCUUCUAAGAUUUUUAUUUUAGUAGGUAUUACCUACAAUAAAAUUAAACAAUUUAUUGACAUUUAGGUAACAGUAAAAAUUUAAGGUUGAAAAAUCGUAUUUGAAAAUAGUUGGACAAAAAGUCUAUAGUCUAUCCCACCUAUCCCACAAGAGAAUGGGCUGUUUCUAUGGUAUUUAUAAGUUUAUUUACUGAGUGUUAGCAUAUAUAACAGUCAAUCAGAUUGUUGUUUCCCAUCAACUGAACCAGUGACGUGGGGAUUUGUAGUACACUGCCUGUUUUCUCUCGUGGGACAGACAAGAUAUAUUUUUUGAUGGUUAUACAAAAUUAUUAUUAUUAUUAUUAUUAUUAUUAUUAUUAUAUAUAUUAAAUGGAUUACUUUGUAUUUAUUAUGUACAUAUUUAUUUUUAUAUUGCCUUUAUACAAAUAUUAUAGCUAAGUGAUUAAUAUGAUAAAAACAAAGGAAUAGUAUAUAAUAUUUAAUACUUAACAAUAUUUUUAGAUUUAUUUCAGUUUCGAUUAAAUAAUUAAAAAAGAAAAAUAAAUAUUGUUAAAUUACACUACAUUGUGUGAUUGUGUCUGUUUUCUUUUUUUUUUUUUUGCUACUUUUCGAAACUUUAAGUUGCUCCCUCUAGACCAAAUAAUCUCAAACUUGGGAAUUUAAGUAGUUUUACAGGUCCCUUACCCAAAUAAAACAUGCAUACAUGGUGUUAAGUAUUAUUAAUAUGAAUAAUAACUUGAAUGUAUUAAAUGGUUCUUUAUUGAUAACGGUAAGUCAGAAUGAAGUUAUGCAUAAAUAUUGUGUGUGAGACGAACAUCGGUGGACAGUCCCCACUGAUCGUAAUAUGAUAUGCUAUGAUUAUGUAAUACUUAUAGUUAAUAUAACAUAAACGUUAAAUGCUUGUUGAUCCGUAAAUACUUAAUAUACAACACAUGACAUUAGUAUCAAAAAUAUGCCUUUUGAAAGUUUCAAUUUUUAACCCCAUCUCUACCAUUUUUUUUUUUAGAAGUAGUGUAAUCAUAAUUGUACUAUAGUAUUUAUUAACAUUGUUUUUUUUUUUUUUUAACUAGUUAAAAGUUACCAAAAUAACUUGUUACUGUCUAGCUUUGUAUUUAAAUUAUGUAUUUUUAAUUUUUGUAAUACAUUAUCUGACUAUAUAAUUUAUAUUAUAAUAUUGAAUGACUGUCUUAACAAUGAAACAUGUGCAUAUCAUAAUAAAAUAAAUGUUAGUUUGUUUGUUAAGUACUUAGGUUUAGAAAUGAGUAGACAUUUUAAGUUGACUAAGCACAUAACUAUUUGUUGGUGAUCAAAGUAAGAAAACUUUUUUAUACCUCUAGCCAAAUAAAGCGUUUUUUAAACAAUAUUUUUAUUAGAACUGUAUAUAUAGACUUGGUAAAGUUAUUGCUUAUUUAUGAUACAAUUGCAUGAAACAGUGCAUGUAAAUCCAACCUUAAUCAACUUCAUAUAGCCCAAAAUAAUAUAUUAAGAAUUAUAUUAAAUAAGAACCGAUACUUUAAAAAUAUAAACUUAUACAUGGAAUUCAGUGUCUUAACAAUAAAGAAACAUUUUUUUAAAUCAGCAAUUAUCUAUACAAUAAAAAAUAAUCUAAAUAAAUCUUUCAAACACAAUUUUAAUACUAGGUAUAAAUUGUGUAGUGUCAUUGUUCCCUAAAUCCACAAUGUGUUUACUGAAUUUUCAUUCCCUUUUAUAUUUAAUAAACUCCCUUUAGAAAUGUGUCGUUUAAACUAUGGAAACUUUCAAUUAUACCUAGCAAAAUGGCUGCUAUAACAAGCUGUAGAUAACAUGUAUGUAUUAUCUUGAAAUCAAUGAAAUUCAUAUUCUAGUUAUUAUAUGUCUGUUUCCGUCUUUUCUUUAUGUAAUUAUAUUAUUUAUUCAUUAAGUUAUUAAAUUUACUAAUAUAUUAGUGUUAAUUUGUGUUAGAUUUAGGAUUUUCUGGGCCCUCACAUAAGCUUAUUUAGUGGGGCCCAUUAUCUUUACAUUUGGUAGAAUAAAUAAAAAUAAAUAAAUCAAAAUUGUAAAAAUAAAUGUAUUAUGAAUAAAAUAAAAUAUACAAAUAUUAGAGUAUUAUAAAUAAUAAUAUUGUAUUGUAAUAUAAUUAAUAAAUUACUUUUUGUGUUUCAUAGUAUUGCAUUGUAAACCUGAACCUCAAUAUAACUUGGGUCAUGCUGUUAGCUGGACACUACAAUGUGCUGAAGGUGUAGCAUAUCUCCAUAGUAUGAAACCUAAACCAUUAAUACACCGGUAUUUUAUUAUAUUUGUCUUUCAUAUAUAUACUGCUUUGAAUAUUAAAUUGUAUACUUUUUAUAUUUUUAUUUUUUUUAGUGAUUUAAAACCACCAAAUUUACUCUUGGUAAAUGAAGGAAAAACAUUAAAAAUAUGUGAUUUUGGUACUGCUUGUGAUAAAAAAACAUAUAUGACCAAUAAUAAAGGUAGUGCAGCUUGGAUGGCUCCUGAAGUGUUUGAAGGUUUGCGAUUAAAAUUUGGACACAAAUUUAUUUUUCAUAAUUUUCAUAUUUAUAAUCAAUUUAUCUAAUAAUCUAAACUAUAAUAAGGUUCAAAUUAUACUGAAAAAUGUGAUGUAUACAGCUGGGGCAUAAUUUUAUGGCAAGUUUUAACAAGACAGAAACCAUUUAAUGAAAUUGGAGGAUCUGCCUAUGGAAUUAUGUGGGCUGUACAUAAAGGCACUAGACCGCCAAUGUUUGAACAUUGUCCUCAUCCAUUCCAAAAAUUAAUUACCGAGUAUAAAAAUCUAUUAUUAUUCGUAUUAGUAGUAGUAUUUAUUUUAUUUGUUCAUAGGUGUUGGGAUCAAAACCCUAAUGUUAGGCCAUCAAUGGACCAUGUAGUCGAAGUUAUGAGGAUACUGAUACAGUUUUGUUCAGGACAUGAUCAACCAUUAAUAUAUCCAAAUGAUUGUUAUACUUUAAGUAUGUAUUAAACUAUAUCAAUAUGUAUACUACAAUUUAAUUUAUAAUAUAAAAUCAUAUUUUAGGUAGUGAAUUUGAAGAAGACUGUAUUUCAUCUGAAGAUUCUUAUCCAGACAUUCCAGACUCUUAUGUAGAAAGCUUAAGUAUGUUAUUCCUUUUAGUUUAAUCUUUAUUUUUAAAUAUAUGUAUUAUUUAUAUCUAGAAAUAUACAAUAACAUACAUUAAUUUUUAAUGUAUCAAUUUUGAAUAUAGUAAUUAAGUACCAAUUAAUUUUAAAUAACAUAAAGAUCUGGAUUCACAAACAACUAACCAAUCAAUUGAUCAGAUAAUUAUGUCCUGAUUUAUUAUAACUAAAAUAUGUCUCAUACUGAAUAAAAUAUUUAUGUGAUAGUUACCGAAAUUAUAGUUUUUAAGAAUUGAUUAGAAAUAAUGACUGGUUUAAAACGUUAUAGUUAAUUGUAUUUUAUUAAAUUAUAAUUUUAUGCAUAGCCAGUAUGUUACAGUUUCUUAAAAUGGCUUAGGUAGUACCUAGUUAGGGGACGUAAUAUAAUGGAUACUUAACAAAUUCUUAAACUUUAAUUGCAUAGUUGAAACUUAAGUACACCAUACUUACUUAUUACUUAAAUUAAAAAUCUUUAAAAUCAGUUAUUUUUUCAAUGUCUAUUAAUUUUACUGAUCAUUUUAAAUACUGUUACAGUCAAUUCAUAAUAAAAUUAAUAAAAUCGUCCUUGAAAAUCUCGUGAUGUAACAAUUUUUUAUAAUUUUGGAGUUUGAUAUGAAUUUUUAGUUUUUAUUGAUAUAAGAUAUAUGUCUGCUUAUGUAUAAUGAGUCAUUAUUUAUAACUUAACAAAAAAUACAUAGCUAAUAAAAAUAAAUACCUCGUAUUACAAACUUUUUCUAUAUAUAUUGAUAGUACAUUAUCGUUAUUAAGAUGUCGAUUACAGAAAUUUUCUAUACAUUAUUGUUCAUUAAUUAUCAUUCAGUUUCAACUAGAACUCUUCACAGUCUUUUCCAGAAUGGACCUGACUGAAUUUCAAUCCGGUUUUUUUUUAUUUUGUAAUUCACUAUGGUCUGGUCCAGUUUGUCAACAAUUUUUAGGACCUGUCAAUAUGGUCUUCUUUUAAUGUCAAUAGAGUAUAAUAAAACAAUUAUAAUGUUACCUAAUGUAUAGAAAAAUAAACUUUUAUCUGGGCCCUGGUGUAAUCAUAUUCAGCUGAAUGAAUACACACGAUGCUCUUUUGUUAUCGACUAUUUUAAAUUUAGAAAAUUGUAUAAUCAUUUUAUUACAUUUUAGUUUUGAUUAUUGAUUUAAUAUUACAUAUUUUACAUUUAGCCACAUUAUUACAAAUAAUAAACAAUUAUAGACAUAAUAAGUAAAUAUUACAAAUAUUGAAUAUAUUAUGUUUCUAAAAUUGUAUUUUGCUUUUUUAGCUACUUUUUUAAUACUUUUUUUUUAAAAAAUUACUUUUUAAUGUUUUAUUUACUGUACUAUGACUAUGAUAUCUGAACUCUAUUAUAAUAGCUAUAUAAUGUAAAAAUGAUAAAUCAGUUUCUAAUAGAUCCUGUUUAGUCUGGUCCGGUCUUAAUAUACUUUAACACAAUUUGUUAUUAUUUAGUUAUAAAACAAAUAAAUAACCAAAUUCAGUCCAGUCCCAUAGUUUAUUUCAUUAAUCCGGUUCAAUCCUGGUCUCACUGGUCUUGUCUGAUCUUUAAAAAACUGAACCUUGCAGAGCUCUAAUUUCAACUCUAGCCCAAUAUAAUAUAAACAUAGUAGUCUGAACCACUGGUCAGUUAUUUUUUAAAUGUAAUUGUUCAUUAGAAAAUCAAUAUUAAUUUGUUUUUGAUCUUUUGUAGGAAGUCAUAAAGGAGUUAAUAGAAUACUGACAAAUGAUAGUUUAAAAUCGAAUCCAAAUUUGUCAAUACCAUUAAAUAUUAAUGUAGAAAAUAAGGUAUCUAUAUUUUAAAUAUCUAAAAAUUAAUUUAUAUAUUUUAUAUUAUAAUAAUUCUCUCUUUAAUUAGUUUGAUCAGUGUGAAGACUUAAAAAUUUUAACCAUGCCUGGAUUUGAUAAAGUAGGUGCUUAUCGUACUGUUGACUCAACUGACAGGGAAGAUGAACCAAAUCAAGAUACUAAUAAUUUUCAAGGUAUGUCUGAAAUUUUAAUAAUUAAAAAUUAUUGAGUACAAUCUCUGUGACUCGUAUUUUGCGCUAUAAUCCAAUUAUGCCAGGCAUUAUUUUUACUUCCGGCAUAGAUUUUUAAAAGUAGAAAUUACUUCUUAAUAUACCCUAUAAUGUUAAAUUUGUAUAGUUAAUUCUACUAAAAUGUAUUAAGUAUUAAUAAUUAAUUAGUUGAUCAAUAGUUAAAAAGUAAGUGUUACUUUCUCUUAUUAAUUUAAUCAUUUAUGUAAUUUCAAUAACAAAAAAAAAUUUUAAAUAAAAUAAUAAUAAUACUUAGCCUUCCAUGUUUAUUACUAAUAAAUGCUUUCAAAAAGUAAGUCCAUUUAAUCACAUUUUUUUAAGUAAGUUAAAUCUGCAACUAAAAAUGCUAAUUGAUUAUAAUACAAGAAGAAAUAUAUGCUGUUAUAACUAUGUUUAUGUUAUUAUACUAUAAUCAACAUUAAAUGGAAAUAAAAUUCAUACUUGAAUAUAUAGCCAAUUAUAAAAAAUAUAUUACCAACUACCAUAAAAAAUCAAACAUGUUUCAUUGUAUUAUUGAAGUAUUGUAACUUGAUUGUAUUAUGUUAUGCUGAGAAAUAUGCAUUUCCCAGCUGAUAAUUAAAAUCCUACUAAUAACAUAAAUUAAAUAUGUAUUUAUUAAAACAAACAAUUUAAUGGCAUUUCUAAAUCAACAUUUUUUUUUUUUCAUCAAAUUAGUUAAAAAAUAAAUAGUUUUUAAAUAAUAUUUUUUUCUGGUUAAGGUUAGUUAUAUGUAUACUAUUAUAUAAAUAGCAACAAAUAAUUAGAACCAGUCAAAUGAAUAGUGAUAAAUUUUUCAUUUGGCUAGUGCAUAUGUCAAUACAUUGGAUUUGUUUGUGUGUUUAUAUAUAUAUAUAUGCAUGUGUAAUGUUUAUUUGUAUAUACUGAUUGUCAAAUCGAUUGCCAACCAAUGUGUCAUAAAGUUUAAAAUAAAGUAUCAUCAAAAUAAGAUACGUUAUUGACCAUGCUUAAUUAGGAUACAAGUAUACAACCUACUACUUUAGUAAAUGUUAAUAAAAAUUAUAAAAGAAAUUUUAUUGAAAAACAUUUAAAUUAAACAUAUUUAAAAAAGGACAAAUAUUACAAGUUUUGAAUUUGAAUAGAAUACAUGAACAAAUGAUUGAUUAGAUAAAUUUGUAUAGAUAUAAUUUAAUAUAACUAUUGAACAUAUGUAGACAAAGUAUACAAAUGUUGAAAUAAAAUAAAUAAUAACAAUUUGUACUAAAUAAAUAAACAAUCCACAUAUGUUUACUAGUCAAACUUUCCCGUAAAUAGAGAUUAUUGCAGCUUAUAAUGUUCUUUAUACAGGGUGAUUUUAAACAUAAGACACUAAUCUUAAAAAGUACCUAUUAACUUUUUUGGAAAUUUGUUUAUUAGAACAUUUAAGAAAUAAAAUAAGUAAACAGAGAAUAAGUAGCUCUAAAAUAUUAAAUUAUGGUUAUUUUUGGUUGAUCUUAUUUUAAUGGGUGAAACCACUACCUACUUUUAAUUUUAUAAUGGAACCUAUACCACAAAUUCCACCAAUAGAUUGAAUAUUAAUUUCAAUACAUUUUGGUGUUGACAUUAUUGAUUUCCAUUAAUUUGUUGACAACAUAUUACACUAAAGUUUAGACAGAGGGAGAGUGGCAGAACACUAUUAAUACCUACACAGCGUGUCAUUCACGAAUGAUGCAUCACUACCCUCGCCCCUCCACUAAAUCUUAAAAAUAGAAUAUCUCGUCAACAAGUUAACGAAAAUUAAAAAUUAUAAUCACUAAAAUUCAUUUAAACUAAUACUCACUACUAGUACUACCAUACUUAUGUAUGGUAUUUUUAAUAUUUCUAGAUUGUCACUUAAAAAUAAAAAGUAGGUAACUUUUAGCCCUAUAAAAUAAAGGGAACAAAAACAAGAUUAAUGUAGCAUUUUAUUUUUUAAAUGUUCAAAAACAAAAAAAGUUAAUACUGUCCAAUAUAAUAAGUGUCUUAUAAUAUAUUUAUCACUCUGUAUACAUUUUUACUCACUACUAUGAUACACUUUUAGCUACUUCCUCUGAAUCAAAUUAACUUAAACUCAGAGUUGUUUUAUAGACUAAUUAAAGUGAUAAAGUUGAGUUAAAUUUCAAUAUGAAUCUCUUCGUAUAUUUGCAGGAGGACAGUGUUUUCUUAAUAUUAAACACUACUACAGGCCUCUUAAAUGAAUCCAGGGGGAUGCAAUUUUGUAUAAUAAUUUAUGUUUGUAACAAAGUGUGCCUUUUAGGAAAUUCAGCAUUCAUUUGUCCUUACCAUUUUUUUGGAAGUUGUAAUAACAGUUAUAGUAUAUUAUAGUAUUGUAUAAAUAUAGUAUUUGGUUAUUAAUUGUUUUAUGAAAAAUUUGUCUAUAAUACAAAAUAGGUGGCAGAGAAUUUGACUCUAGUGCCAGAACUCUAUUGUUCAUUGGUGUUUAAAAGACUAGGCUUUUAGAAUUUAUUUCAUUAAGUUUCACAAAUUUUAAAUAUUAGCUAUAAACUAUAAAUUAAAAUUAGAACUCCCAACUUACUGCAUUAUCAAAUGUCUGUAAUCUAGAAAUGUUCAAAGCUCCCCAUUAAAAUACUGUACCUUUUCUAAACAGUUUAAUUUUAUGAUGCGAUAACUUUGUUUCCUAAUUACUCACCAAUAAACGUUAUUAGUUAUUUUCAUUGUGAUUAGUGAUAUUAUUGCUAUUUAAUAUUGAUUUGUGCCACAUAAUGUAUAUAAAACUGUAUACCUAUAUGGUCAAAAACACCGUGUGUGUAAAUUCUCUUUAAUAUUUAUCGUGCAUGUUAUCUAGGGUUCAACUAAUAAUAAAAUCAAUAUUAUAAGAGUGUAAUAGUAAUUUGAUAUUUAUUCAGUUAACAUAUUUAUUAAUAUGUACUAACAAUUUUAUUGUAUUGAUUCAUUGAUAUUAUUGUUUUGACUACGUUACAUUUUUUAAAUUUUCUUUAUAAAACAAAAAAACAAUAGAAAUUAAUUGGAUACCAUCCAACAAAAUGUAUAACAAAAAUAGAUUCAAUACAAAAUGGUUCAUUAGAAGGGUAAUUUUAAAUCUCACUCAAGUUUUUGUGUGGAAACAAAUUUUGGGUUUCUUUAAAAUAAGCCGAAUUAUAUUUUACUGUUCAAAAAAAUAAAAAAAGCUUUGGGUGGUUUAGAACUUUCUAUAUAUUUUAACAGAAUGUGUGAGAAGAAGAUUAAUUAUACAAAUCACAUUUAAAUUGGUAAUCUAGUUUAUAAUCAUAUAUAAUUAUUGAUUUAUGAAAACAUUAAAUCUGCUACAUUUCAUGUAAGCAAUUCAUUUUAAGCUUAGAUGCAUUUGGUCAUUGAAUUAAUGAUUUCAAUAGAAAAAUCAAAAUUUAUAACUGAAUACUCUGAUUUAUUUAUAAAAAUUCUGUAAGGCGAAUGACCGCCAAGUUAAAUGAUCCAUCAAAGAGAUCAUUUUUUCUGAUGACACGUGAAUGCCAGUUACUAUUUUAAUAAAUCACAUCAGCAUGAGUCACAUGGUGAAUGACCCACGGCUUAGCCAAAAAAAAAAAAAAUGUUCAAAAGAUUAUCUGUUGUGUACAUUACAAUAUUUUUAUGUAUAGUAAGAGUAAUUACACAUUUGUGUUGUAUUUUAUUAUUACAUAUAUCUGACAAGUACAAGUAUUUUCUACGUCUAAAGUUUGGAAUGAAUAUUAUGUUAAGUUAUGAAAUUGAUAGUUAUCUAUAAGUUGUUUUUUUUUUUUUUUAUUCAUGUUGAAUGAUUAAUUCUGAAUAAUGGCUUCAGGCUAAAUAAUAUAAACAGACAUACAGUUGUUAUUUUUAGUAAUUUUGGCAUCAAAGUCAUCAAUAACAUUAAAUAUAUAUAUUUAUAUUUAAAAAAUAAAGUUUUAAUAUAUCCUUAAUAAAUAAUAAAUUGUUUAAUAGGUUAUUUAAUUUCAUGGGAUUGUCAUUAUCAAUAUACUUAAAUGCAACAUGUUUGUGUUAAAAAGUAUACAAUUAUUAAAAAUAGAUUACAGAAUUGUAAUCUACUCUGUCAUAUUAUAUAAUAUUCAAUAUCAAUUUCUGUUAUAUUCUAUAAACGAUGGAAUUCAAAAUUUAUCAAAGCUAUUAUACCCUUUGGUCAUAAACUCUUAAAUUUAGUAGAAUAUUGUUUUUACAUUUUUGAUUGUUUAUCUAUUGUAUUAAUAAAAUGUCAACUUAUAUCUAUGCGUUAUCUAGAUGUUUUACAAAAAUAAAAAUAAGGAUUACUUAAUAUUGUUGAUGGGUGUGCCACUAUUGUAGAUGAGACGUUGAAUACCUAUAUUAAAGUUUAGAUUAACUAAGUAUAGUAUAACUAUAUCAUAAAAUAUGAUUCUGAAUGAAGUUCUGUUAAAAUAUAUGUUUUAAAAUGACACAAUUUAUAAACUAAUGAUUUUCAUCAAAAUUGCGAAAAAAUCUAAAACCACUGGAUUUUAUCUUUAUAUAAUAAAAUAUAUGUAUACAUUGACUGGAAAAAAGGUUUCUUUUAUCAUUUGACUAAGAACUUAAUGUUUUUAUUCCAGUGUUUUUUUGUAUUAUUAGUGUGGUGGCUAUUUGCCAGUUACUGUGUGUCAAUGCAAAUAUUUUGUUUCCGGUGUUUUAAAAGAACAUGACCUAUUAGUUCUACAUAAUGUCCAAUGUUCAUCUGAUCCUUUCGAUUUAAUAAAAUUUUAUUUUAUUUUCUAGUUAAUAAAAAUGUUUCUUUAAAAUAAAAAAUUCUAUACUUUAUACACCUAUAAUAUUAUUUAUAAUAUAAUUAUCAUAUACUAAAUAUUCCACAAAUAAUAGGUGGUAUUAUUUCAGUUUAAAAAAAUAAUAAAAAUGGUAAUUGCUUCACUUGCUUCCCUUGUUUCAAGUAUAUAGUCAUUUGUUAUUAUAUUCUGAUUUGUAAGUGAAUCCAAUAAGUAGCUUUAUUGUAUUAUACAUUUGUAAAUAUUUUUUAUGGAAAUGUAAACAUUACACAUUAUGCAGAGUUAGAUAAGUCUAAAUUUGUUUUUAUUUGCCAAAAACUGAAGGUUAAAAAAUAUGUAAAUAUAAUGUUAACACUAUAUGUGAUUCAUAAUCGACAUUUUUAUAAUGAAACUUUAGUGUGCCUAUAAUACUUAUAUUAUUUUUUACCCUUAGUAGAUACCAUUAGGGAUGUCUAUGGGUAAAAUGUCUAUCUUACUUUUUUAUUACUAUUACAAUAAUAUACCCACAGUUGAAACAAAAUGUACAAAUUAAAUUAAAUAUAAUAUAUGUAGUUAUUAUGAUGAUGUUAAACACAUUAUAAUAGAGUUGUAAAAUCACUUUUUAUAAAGGAAAACAAAUAAGAGGGGAAGUAGUGAAAAAUGUCUCUUAAUAAAGAUCUUGGCCAGAUAAAUUUAGAUUUUACGUAAAUAACCCUAUAGUGGAACACAAAGACGUGUACGGUGUUUAAAAACCUGGUACCUACACUAAAUGACCGGCUAGCACCAUAAUGCAAUUGGCACUUGUACAAUUAAUAAUAAAUUACUAAGCAGCGAACGAUUUUCGUUUUUGUUUUUUUUUUUUUAUGUAUUAUGUUCGGUUCGUUUCCUUUUCAAUUCUUACUGUAUACACCAUCCACAACAAUUGUUUAGAGUUUAUUACCAUAGACGAGUCUAUGGUCUAACAUAGUCCGUUUUAAAAAAAGUCGAACAAAAAGUCUUGAUUCAGUUUUUAUUGUUUUUAUAAAAUAUUCUAUUAAAUUUUCAUGUAUUAAUUAUAAUUAUUAUAAUUUAUUACACAUAUAGGUAUAUACUAUAUAUAUAUAAUAGCAAAACAAUAGUCAAAAAUCAUUUAAAAUAAAUAUGAAUAAAAAUAGUUUUUGCUGCUUAGAUAACAGCUUAUUCGAUGUCUAUGUUCAUAAUCUAAGGAUCGGUAUAAACAUUGUUUUAAAAAAAAAAUAUAAUAAUAUAAUAUACAUGUACAUUUUUAAAUUUAAAUAUAAUAUAUAGUUUAUACCUAUGUAAUAAAUGUUUAAUUAUGAAUAAAAAUUGAAUAGAAUAUUUUGUGUUUUUGGACUUUUCCUCUGACUCCAAAAAUGUGUUCGGACUUUUCAUCCGGGAUUUUUGUUAGGUAUAUUAUAGUUAAAUUACAGACAAUAAACAAUAUAUGUAAUGUUUUUUAAUAACAGUCAAGUACCUACCUACUCAAUGCUCGUAACGAGGCCAAUUUUUAGCCUAUAUUAAACGCUAUAGAUAAACAAGUUGAUUUGGAAUUAGGAUUAAUUGUGGGUGUGGGGGGGGGGGUUAUUUCAUACUACAAUAAAUUGUCUGAAAGAACCAAUAAUUUAUAUUUUAAACCCAGGAAAAAUACUUAUCUAAUUGAUUCAAUAUCAAUAGUAUAUCUAGGUACCUUUAUUGGCUUUAUCACUAUUAUACCUGCAUACCAUUAAAAAAUGAAUUUGAAUAACAUCUAACUCCUACUUAUUCAAAUUCUGACUUCGAUACAUUAACAAUUUUAGAUUAACUAGCUUAUUAGCUGAACAAUUAUUUACAUAGAAGAAAAAUUAUGUUCUCAUUUUAAUUACUGGGUAUUACACAUCUUAAAAGGUACACAAAGUUUAAGUAGGUAUUGAAAAAUAUAAUGUAGAUAUUUUCAAUAGACUUAUUAACUAGUUAUUGUGUAUAUGGUUUAUUUUCCAGUAAAUCUAUUAUUUAAGCUUAAAAAAAGAUGAACAUAUUUUUAAAAAUAUAUUGUAUACAGUAAACAUUUAAGUACAUCUUAAAUUCAGGAAUACACUCAGUUCUCCCGGUGUGAUAACAAACAUAAUCUCAACAAAAUAAAGUACCAACUAUCAAAAUUUGAAAUUAAUGUCCGUACGUAUUUAAUGCCAACGAAUUGAUAGCCCUGAAAACUAGUGUAUUCACAUUUGAACAGACGUAUAUUGUUUUUUUCAAUACCUUAUCAACAUUUUUUUUUCGUACUGUAAUAAACAUAGAAUAAAGAAUACAUCAGUCGGUGAAUCGCAAUGUAUUAAACAUUUUAUAAAUAUUUAUGAUCUUAGAAACGAAAUACAUUUAAAAGUAUUUUAUUUUAUUAUCUUAAUGUAAGAACUUGUUUAUUUCAAUUGGUAUGUGUAAUAUAUAUUCGGAAUUUUCAAAAUAUAUGGUACAUUGAUAUGUCAAAAAUCUAUCCAAAUUAGGUUAGAAAUAGAUAAAAGAAAAAUGACAGUAAAGACAAACACAUAAAAAUUGAUUGCAUAAACAAUUUCAACUAUAUAGGUGAAUUUUUUAUGUUUCUAAGUUAAUGUACUUAGAUUUCGAUUUUUUGGUCAUUUGAAGUUAUAUUUCUUAUACCGGGAGAACUGAUAUACGCCCUUAGAUUCAUAUAAUGUUCUUCACAAUCAUCCCACCAUUCACGCGACGCAAUCAUCUACACCAGUGUUUCUUAAUCUUUACUGUCACGACCCCCUAAAUGAAUAUUUUAUUUUUUUGGUGUCCCUAAAUAAUUAGUUAAUGACCUCCAGAUUGUUUUACACUACAUCCACACAUCUCAUCUAAUGAAUAAGUCACUAUUAUUUUGAUUUUUGAAUCAUAUAUUAAAGUAACAAAAAUAAAUAGGCUUGUACAAGCAGACAAUUUCGUUUUACUUAAACAUCUUUAUGCCACAGCCAAUUAACUAUUCAUUUAGACAUAGGUUUUCACUUUCAACUUUAAAUGUUAUAGUAUGGUUAUUGAAUUGAUCUAGAUACAAUCUCAAGAAUAAAAAUGUAACCUGGUUUCAAAUAUUAAUAAAAGGUUUUCUAAUUUAAAUGUAUUGGAAAAAUUAUUCAAUCAAAUAUAUUGUUAAUUUUGUAAAAUCAUAAUGACUCAUAGUCAUCAGUUUAUCUGAUUAUCUGAUUCUAAUUUAUAAACUAACAUAGGUAGGUUUAUAAUUUAUAUGACUCAUCAAAAAAUUUAUUAGCUCAACAAUAAUAUACACGUAAUUUCCUUUGACUACUAUCCUAAUAUUUAAUAAAACUAUAGAGAUUACGAAAUUGUCCUUGAACGACCCUGACAAUGCAUUAAUCAAUGUAUUAAUAUAUUUGAUUUUUGAAAAUUCAAACCAAGCACAAUUCCAUGUUUUAUACAAAUAUUUAUAUUACCAAAUUAUUUAUAAUCUUAUAAUAAUUUAUUUUGAGAUAUUUAUUAAAAAAAUUGCAAAAAAUCAUAUUUAUUUUAUUUUAUCCCGUAUAAUUUACAUCCAGAAUGAUUCUACAUAAAUAUUAAUUUACUUUAUUCAUAGUUUAGUGUUGUUACGCGUAUGCCUUUUUUUUUUUUUUUUAAUUUAACAAAAUACUCCCGCGAUUUGUGGUUAACGGGAUGUCAGAACUGUGGUCCAGAUGUCUGGAGUAAUCUGGCUCACGUUGUAAAGGGUGUGAGUCAUUAAGCUAGAUUUAGACACGACACGGCUGUAGAGAGAGUAGUGCUUUCCUAGUGUUGUGUAUUUGUAUGUUUAUUUCCUUGCUCGAUUCCUGACGAACAACAACUAUGUGUGAGCUUAGCGAGUGCGUCACUAACGAACAUUAUAGUAAGUAGCCUUUUUGUUUGGCUUCGUUUACUUAAUGACCCGUCUUAUUAAUAUUGUAUGUAAUUGACAAUUACUUGAAUUACAUUUAGUUAAAUAUAAUAAUUUCUAAAACAUUUUAAUUUUAAAUAAUACAUAAGUGCAUUAUAAUGUGUACAUUUAUUAACAAUACUGUGUACCUAUUAAUCCUAGAUGUUUCAGGAACACAUCCCGAGCUGGAUAAUUUGUACCUGAUGUUAGAUCAACAGCUGCAUCCUAUACCACCAGAUAACACUUGUCCGCAAUCAGUACAAAUAUUUGAAGAACAUAAACAGGUUAAUGUUUUUUUAAAUUUUUUUAGUAUUAUUAACAUUUUAAUAUUUUGGUGGACUCCAAAUAGCUGUGGUGAAGGCGAAUGAGAAGAAGAACAUUUUUGUUAUUAAUAUUUUCAUUUGAAUAACUACAAUAGCUUCUAUUUAUUUUUUAUGUUAGAAUCUAUUAUUCGUGACACAAAUAGAUAGUCACAGAUCUAUUAUGUUCAUACUAUGAACAUAUUAAAUUGUAUGUUAUAGAUUAAUUAAUUAAAACAUUUUUCAACAAAAAAACCGAUUAUAUACUAUAAUAUAUGGUUAUGAUUAUUCCUAUUGGUAUUAUUGAUCAAGUUCUCAAUGAUAGUCAUAGGAUUCAGGUUGAUUCAUUAGUCAUUCUGAUCACAUGGUCAUUGUGGGUGAAUCAUAAACAUAUUAUUCGUAAUUACUUGUACAUAAUAAUUUGUUAUAUUAUACAUUAUGGAUUAUAUAUUAUAUUAUGGUCUGUGACUGUCAAAGUUGUAAAUAAAACAUAUUAUCCUUGAUCGAGCUCAAAAUAUUUUCAUAGAUCAUAAUAAUAAAUAAGUGUAUUAAAAAAUAGUUUUAAGUUGUUUAAUAAUUUAAGAAUUGACUUUUGAUAGAUAUUUAAUCAAAACAACCUAAUUUUUGCUUUGCCUUUUAAAUUAAUUUUAUAAAACAUGAAAACUCAAAUUAAACAAAAAAGGAUUGUGGACAACUAUAUUAAAUCUUAAUAGACGUAUAUAGUACAACAAUAGUUUUAAGUUAAAUAUAAUAAGUAUCUAUGCAUAAUAAAAAUUUUACAUUUGAAUUCAAAUUAUUUAUUCCGAAUUCUGACAAUACAUUUUAAAAAUAUGUAUUCAUAAUUUAUAUUAAACUUUUACUAACUUAAAAUUUUAAAAAAUGAUAAAAACAUGAUAAUACUUAAAUUGUAUUUAUCUUUUAAACUAAGUGAAGCAUUUAAUACUUAUGAAUUGUAUAAAUUAUACUGAAUAGGUAAUGAACAAGAUUAAACAUAUUACACAUUCAUAAAAGUUUGUAUAUAUAAUACAUAGUAUAAUAAUUAUAAACUGUAUUUAUACAGUGUUGUUAAAAAAAAAAAAAAUGUUUUGUACAGAUAUACGUAUACUUAUAGCAUAUUGGGUUAUAAUAGAUACAUAUUAAUUAAUUUUGUGUGGGGAAAUAUCUUGUAGGAUAUAGCCUGUUAAUGAAUGUCCAGUGUUCCAAUAUCCUUUUUACUUUUCUCUUUCCAUUUAUACCUUAUUGAAAGAAAUACAUUUUGUUAAAUACAAUUUUAACCUAGUAAAAUUCAUGUGGGUUAAUAAAAUAUAAUUCAACUAGUUUGUAUCAUUGAUUUUUAUAAAAGUCAAUUUAUUUUUCUUGUGAAAGAACUUAUAAAAUUAUUGAACGUUAAUAUAACCUUUUUGUAUAGUUUAAAAUAUUUUCAAGAAAGAAUGAAUAAUAAAAUAAAAAAGUAAAAACAAAAUCAUUAAAAUGGUUAAUACUAAUAAAUAAAUAAAUUAAUGAAUGUGUUGCCUGGAGUAUUAUAAUAAGUGUAUUAUACGACUGGUUUCGUAUUAAAAAUUCAUCAUCAGGUAUAUCACAGGCAAUAAAUAAAAUUCGACUGAAUAUGAAAAAAUACAUGAAGGAAUACAUAGAGAAAAAAUUAUAUAAAUUGGUCGUUUUACAUAGAAAUAAAUUAUUUGGUUAUUAUUAUCUAAAAUGUAUUAUUAUAAGGUAUUGUAAUAUUAUUUUGAAAAUCGGUUUGAACAUUGAAAAUAUUAUUAAAAUUAUUUUUCUUUAUUUCAUUGUGUAUGUGUAAUUUUUCUAAAACUGAAUUAAUAUAAAUGUUAUUUUGGGUAUUUAAUAUUUCUAAGUCUGUAUUAAUAUCAAAACUUAUAUGAUGGUUGUUUUCUAAAACAUGUUAGGCAAAAAUUUGAAUUAGGGGCAGUUUUUUUAAAAUUUUAUUUCAGAAAUGUGUUCUUUAUAUGUGAAGUUUUUAGUUCUAUUGUUUAUAUGUUUGAUUAAAUUAUUAUUAGUCUUAAAAGCAAUUUUUAAAAUUUUUCGUAUAAUUGUUCAAAAUGUUUAACGAAUUUGUUAGACAUAUUACUUUGAUAUUUCAUACAAUAGUUAACAACAUUAUUUGGCAAGUUGUGUAUUAUUUUUUCUUUAAUAAGUUUAUGAAUUUUUUUUAAUAAUAUUUAAAUUGAAAUUAUUUCUAUGAGCUAUAUUAUAAAUAAUAUUGAGCUCGUGUUGAUAAUUAUGUUUAUUUAAUGGAAUAUGUUCAUGCAUACAGAAUAUUAAUUUAAAAAAAUGAUAAUUUUUGAGAAUAAAGGUGAUUAGAAUCUUGUGAUAUUAUAGCAUCAGUUUGUAUAGAUUUCCUGUAAAUACUAAAAUCAAAUUCAUUGUUUAUUAUAGAAAUUGUAAGAUCUAAUAAAUUUAAUUUAUUAUUUAUUUGUUUUUCGAGUGUAAAUCGAUUUAUUUAUUUAUUUUAUUGAAGAAUAAAUUAUGAGUACAUUUAAAAAAAUAAAUGUAUAUGCUUUUAGCUUGCUCAAGAGUAUUUGAAAGUGCAAACAGAAAUAGCAUACUUAUCGAGACACAUGGAGCAAUUAGCAGAACGAUUAAGUCAGGAAGAAAUCAUGUGUGAUGAAGGUGUAGAAGAAGAUGAUGAAGAAAUAAAGAAGCUCGAAAAUGAAAAAGUAAUUAAUAAAUAAUAUUUAAAUUUUAAAUAAUGUAAAUUUAUUCAUUAUUAUUAUUUUUAGGAAAAUUUAACACAAAUGCACCAAAACCUUAAAAAACAGUUAGAAUUAAUAAAUCGAAAAAACAGUAACCAUUCAAAUGAAAAGGAAUCAUCAUCAUAGUGAUGAUAAAUUAUUUUUGUAUUUGGCAAAAUAAUAUAAAGUAAAUCUAUUUUGUAUCAUAAAAUAUUAUUGUGGGUCAUAUUGGUCAAUAAACUUCAAUGUGUACAUACAGUACACACUGAAAGCAAUAAUACUAUAAUUUUAAUUUAUGACUAUAAUUAUUGUAUGUGAAUUUGUUAAUAGUUUUAUUUUAAUUUGUACAAUUAUUCUGGUAAAUUGAAGGGUUUUAGUAUUUUUUAUCCCUUACAUUUUUACAGGGAAUUAAUAUUAGAAUGAUACUAUAUCAAUUUGAUACUCAAUAAAAAAAUGACAUUUGAUAAUACUAUUUUGUUAUUAUUACAAUUUGUAUACAAAAACUACAUAUUUUAAGAUAUACAUAUCAAUAAUAUUCAAAUUUAUAAAGUAAUUAUGUUUAUAGGUAUCAGUAUUAUUGAUUUUAUUUCUGGUACACUAUUAUUAUAUUAUUAUAUUAAUUUAUUAAUUAUAACCAGUUUUCAUCUAAAUUGUAUAUUUCUGAUACAUUUAAAAAUGAAAAAUAAAUAAGUUUAUGAGAUUGUUAACAAUUGUUUGUUCUAGUCCAAGUGUUCAACUAUUAGGGGAAAAAAAUGUUAUUAUAAUAAUUUAAUAUAAUUGUUUAAACUAUUUUUGUAAAAUUAUAUUUUAUAGGUACAUGUUAACUCAUUUAUAAUAUAUUGAUACAUAAACCAAUAAUAACCACAAAAAAUAAUUUGUCUUAUGUUAAGAUAAAUUAUAGCAUAAUAGAAAUUGUUUAUAACGACAUUUACAAUUUUAUAGAUUGUAUGUUUUACUCUACAUGUUGUAAUUACCAUUGCUUAUACAUAGACAUUAUAGUAAGAAAGAGUUCACAAAAUUCGAUUGACAGUUCAGAUUUAUUAAUGGUGUCAAUAUAUAACAGUUUCUAUUGUGAAAUUAAUAAUGUUUGUAAUUAUUAUACCAAAAACAUAUGUGUUAUAAAUUAUAAUAUACUUUGUUACUUAUAAAAAUAAUCAUUGAUAUGUAUUGACUAUUUUAAUAAUGUUUUUAGUUUAAAAUUGUAUAUUUGAACUGAAAAUGAAAUACUAUAUAUAAUAAAGAUACAUUUUUUUUUAUUUUG